AGACUUUCAAGUGAGUAGCAGUGGCCCAAAACUUACAGUGGAGUGAUCAGGGGCCCAAUAGCCCUGGCAACGUACAGCCAUGGCGACUGCAAAAAUGAAGAUAAUACUUCCGCUAGUCGUUUGGAUGUGGCUGCAGAACACGACUGCCCAGUCCUUCACCGGGAUUGGAUAUGGUAUAAAAAACGAAAUCUUUUUUCUGAAUCUCGAGGACGGAUACUUUGGCUGCCAAGUUAACGAAUCGACGGACGUUCUUCAACUAUUCGAACUCUCAAAACUCUGCGAUGGAACGCCGAACUGUUUUUUAGGUUCCGACGAGUUGCGAGACAAACUCAAGUGUACCAAUGACUGUCAUAAGGAAGACGGAUCCUUGUGCCAAAACGGCGUCUGCCUGGACGGCCAGUGCCAUUGCAACGACGGUUACGGAGGCUGCAACUGCGAAGUACCAGACGAAAACGAGUGCAAGUACCGUCCCUGCGACGUCUUCGCCCACUGUACCAACACCCUGGGCAGCUUCUCCUGCACUUGCUUUCCGGGCUACCACGGCGACGGCUUCCGCUGCGAAGACAUCAACGAAUGCGAGGAUCCCGCAAUCUCCGCCAGGUGCGUGGAAAACGCCUGGUGUUGCAACCUGCCGGCCCAUUUCCUCUGCAAGUGCAACGCUGGAUUCGAGGGAGAUGGGGAAGUUCAAUGUCUCGAUAUCGACGAAUGCGCCCGACCGGACGCUUGUGGAAGGAACGCCCUCUGUCACAACACUCCCGGGAACUACAGCUGCUCCUGUCCGGAGGGCUUCGCCGGCAACCCCUACGACGGAUGCGUGGACCAAGACGAAUGUGAAAGCCCCGACGCUUGCGCUCCGGGGGCCGUGUGCACGAACGUGCUGGGCGGCCGCCAGUGCCACUGCCCCCCGGGCUUCGAAGGAGACCCGUACACCACCGGAUGCGGCGACAUGGACGAGUGCUCGAGGUCCAACCCCUGCGGGAGGGACGCCCUGUGCUCGAAUCUCGAGGGUAGCUACAGAUGCGCUUGCCCGCCGGGGUACAUCGGAGACCCGUUGACGGCCUGCUCAGAUAUUAACGAGUGCAGUUCGAGCCCUUGUGCCGCAACUGCACAGUGCGUCAACACUAACGGAAGCUACGCCUGUUUGUGUCCGGAAGGGUACACAGGAUCGGCGAAUGAAGAAUGCGUGGAUAUCAAUGAGUGUGGAAGGUCCGGAGCUUGUGGAAUAAACGCUAAAUGCAUUAACGUCCCGGGUUCAUUCAAGUGCAUAUGCCCGCAGGGUUUUACGGGACAGGGACAACAAUAUUGUGAAAAUAUAAACGAGUGCGAAACGAACCCAUGCGGAGAAAACGCUAUCUGUAAAGACACUCUAGGCAGCUAUACUUGUUCCUGCAAGGAAGACUACACCGGCGAUCCUUUCAAAGGAUGCGUCGAUCUCGACGAGUGCCAAGCGCUCGAAAGGCCUUGCGGUGCGCACGCCCUCUGCGAGAACGCAGUACCGGGCUACAACUGCGUGUGCCCUCAGGGCUACCAAGGUAGACCUUCACCGAAAGUAGCAUGCGAACAAAUCGACGUAAACAUACUCUGCAAAUCGAACUUUGACUGCACGAACAACGCAGAAUGUGUAGACUCUCAAUGCUUCUGUCAAAAAGGCUUUGUUGCCAAGGGCGCGGUUUGCGUCGACAUAGACGAAUGCCACGCUCAACCGUGCGGACCCUUUGCGGUCUGUACCAACACGAUGGGCAGUUUUCACUGCGACUGCGAAAACGGCUUUGUGGGUACCCCACCCAUGGUGCAAUGCAAAGCGCCGUGCCAUGACGUGAAAUGUGGGGACCACGCCUAUUGCAAGCCCGACGGGCAUGAAGCCUACUGUAUUUGCGAAGACGGAUGGACUUUCAACCCCAUGGAUAUCGCAGCGGGAUGCAUAGAUAUAAACGAAUGCGACAAAGUUAAUGGCCCGAGCGGACGAUGUGGUGUUGACGCGUUGUGUACGAACCUCCCGGGUACCUUCGCUUGUCACUGUCCUCCGGGAUUCACUGGUAACCCGUCACACCAAUGUCAAGAUAUAGACGAAUGUUCGCAACCGAACUCGUGCGGAAUCGGGGCUAUUUGUGAAAACUCCCCGGGUACCUUCACUUGUAAGUGUCCCGAAGGUACCGUGCCUAAUCCGGACCCGCGAACCAAAUGCAACGAAAUCGUCACAUGUAAACUCGACUCCGACUGUCCUGGGAAUGCAGUUUGUGACCAUAAGAAACGGUGUUUGUGUCCAGAACCCAACAUUGGUAACGAUUGUAGACAUCCAUGCGAGACCACAGUUUGCGGCCCCAACGAACAAUGCAUGCUCAUAAAUCAAGAAGCUAAAUGUAUAUGUAGAGAAGGUUACACAGGAACCAACCUCGGUUGUGUGGAUAUUGACGAAUGCGCCGGCAAUCCUUGUCAGUUGGGAGCUAUCUGUAAAAACGAACCCGGGGGUUUUUCGUGUCAGUGUCCCGGAGGCACUACCGGGGACCCUUAUCGUACCGGCUGCGCCAAAUCCGAAGUGCCUUUUAGUUGUUCGGACGCUAAACCGUGUCCUCCAGGGGAGCAAUGCAUCGCUGACGAGUUCGUAGGAGAUAGCGUCUGCAUUUGCGUCCAAGGGUACUUGAGGGACCACAUUAGCGGCAAGUGUCGCGACGUCGACGAAUGUACCGAAUUCCGAGAUAAACCCGCUUGUGGAGUAAACGCGGUCUGCAAAAACUUACCCGGAAGCUAUGACUGUCAGUGCCCACCUGGCUUCAACGGAAAUCCUUUUCUGGAAUGUCUCGAGUGUAACAGUCCCGAUUGUCGCUGCCAGCCACCGUAUAAACUCGCUGAUGGUAACUGCGUUCUGGCGAGUUGCGACGACGACGGCUCUUGUCCUAACGGAGCCGAAUGUAUUACUAUUACCGGAGGGGUUAGUUACUGUGCAUGCCCUAAGGGCUUCAAAACCACCCAAGAUGGAUCUUGCGUCGACAUUAACGAGUGCGUGGAAGGAAAACAAGUCUGUGGCUACGGUGCCGAAUGUCUUAACUCGAUAGGGUCGUACGAAUGUCACUGUCCGAGGGGCUACAGCGGUGAGCCCUACAACGGACUCUGCGCACCAGCACAAAAACGUUGCAUACAUGACAAGGAAUGUUCAGCUAACGAAAGAUGCGUGCAACCUGGGGAGUGCGUCUGUCCUCCACCAUUUUUCACCGAUGUUUCCGACAACAACAAAUGUAAGAGUCCUUGCGAGAGGUUUCCUUGCGGAAUCAACGCGAAAUGUACCCCCAGUGACCCACCUAAGUGUUUGUGCGAGUCAGGCUACAAGGGAGACCCGCUUCAAGGUUGCGUAGACGUUGACGAAUGUACAGACACACCUUGUGCCUAUGCAGCCCAGUGUCUUAACCUGAAAGGUAGUUACAAGUGUAUAUGUCCAAGAGGCAUGACCGGAGAUCCGUAUAAAGGUGGAUGUAUUCUCGAUAUCGAAAAAGGCAAGAGCGAGUGUCAGAGUAACGAACAUUGCGCCAACACGCUUGUCUGUGUGGAAGGAACUUGCGUCAGUCCGUGUAGAACCCUGGUCUGUGGUCCUAACGCGUAUUGUGAACCCGAAAAUCAUGCUGCUUGGUGCAGAUGUAGCGUAGGUUACGCGGAAAACGAGAAAGGAGAAUGCGUUUCAAUUUGCGAAGGUGCUAUUUGUGCACCCGGAGCUCAGUGUAUACCGACAAACUCCGGCCCGACGUGUAAAUGUCUGGAAGGUUUCAUGGGAAAUCCGUUCCCGGGUGGCAAGUGCACGACCGACGUUUGUUCCGUGACGCAUCCUUGUGAAGAACCCUACGUGUGUAUAGGCGGAAGAUGCAAAGAGAGAUGUGAGGGUGUAGUAUGUGGAGUGGGGGCACACUGCGACAAAAACACGAACCAAUGUGUCUGCAAUUCUUACUUUAUUGGAACGCCGGAACUCAUCUGCAUGCCUCCUAUCAUGAGCCCUGUUUGUCUACCAACUUGCGGUCACCACGCCCACUGCGAAUACGGACUCAACGGCAAUACGUGCGUUUGCAACUCUGGCACUAGCGGCAACCCGUACGAAGAAUGCUUGCAAGUCGAACGUAAAACGUGCGAUUCAGCGACCUGUGGACAAAACGCCGAAUGCAAACAAACCUAUAACGACAUCCAGUGUAUUUGUCUUUCUGGUUUCACCGGAAAUCCCUUCAUUGGUUGUCACGAUGUAGACGAAUGCAGCAGCGAUGGUGUUUGUGGACAAAGCGCUGUUUGUAUCAACACCAUCGGAAGCUACGACUGUCGGUGCAAGGAAGGUUACGCCGGAAAUCCCUUCAUUAUGUGUUCGCAAGUACAAGGAGGCAUCUGCAGAGACAGCAAAAAUUGUAAUUGUAACGACCGGGUUUUCUGUCCCUCGGGCUUCAGUUGUGACAGAGGCAGAUGUAAGAACUUGUGCGAGAAAGUUAAGUGUGGACCUAAAGCUACCUGUCACGACGGUCAGUGUCUUUGUCCGCCCGGUUACAUCGGUAAUCCUAAUGAUUUGCGAAAGGGUUGUACCACUGAGGGUCACUGUCACAGUGACAACGAUUGCCACAACGCCGAAAUCUGCUUCCAGUUAGGAAAAGGAGUACGCAAGUGUUUGGAUGCGUGCAGUAAGAUUCAGUGUGGUCCCAAUGCACUUUGCGUGUCUGAUAACCACAGGUCGUCGUGUAUAUGCGCACCAGGUUAUCGCGGCGAUCCCAGCGACUUGAACAUCGGGUGUCAACCUGAAGAACGCGUUUACAAGAAGGAGUGCGAACACGAUGCGGAUUGUCGCCCGGGUACCAUUUGCUCUGUCAAUGUCGACGGAGUCCAGAAAUGUAUAAGUCCAUGUGAAACCGUAGCCUGCGGGCUUAACGAAGUGUGUAAGAUAGACGCCGCUGGUCACCCGACUUGUGCCUGCAGAGACGACUACGUCUGGAACCCCGUGUCAUCAUCGUGCGAGAAACCCUCAGUACCCGACUGUACCACCGACCAAGACUGUCAACCCGUAGCAGCCUGUCAACCCGACGCUCUAGGAAUUUUGAAAUGUGUACCAGUGUGUUCGCAUUUCACGUGCCCGAGUAACGCGGCUUGUGUGGCAGAAUCACACAAAGGACAGUGCCAGUGCUUGUCUGGAUACACCGGAAACCCGAAAGACCGCAACGGGUGCAAACUGAUAGUCCAGAGUCAGUGUACAACAGACGCCCAGUGCUCCGAACACGAAACCUGCAAGAAACAAGGUGAAACUCUGAUGUGCAAACCGGCUUGUGAUUUCGUUUCUUGUGGCCCUAAUGCAGUCUGCGUCACUAAUAACCACGUAGCGCAAUGUCAGUGUCCUCCAGGAUCCUUCGUGGGUGACCCCACGGAUCCAAACGCCGGGUGCAAAUCAGUCCCGUGUGUGUACAACAUCGACUGUCCACCAUCACAGUUGUGUAACCGUAUGACGCAUACUUGCUACGACGUCUGUGACGAAGAGUCCUGCGGAACUAACGCAGUAUGCAUUGCGGAGAACCACAAAGCUAUCUGCCAGUGUCCGCCGGGGUACAGCCCGGACCCCCUGCCAGAGGUCGAAUGUGUCCCUGUGGAAGUUUGUAACCCGAACCCGUGUCACGGCUCUGCCAUCUGCGAGGCUACCGGUUUUGGACACACUUGCAAAUGUCCCCCGAAUACAAUAGGAGAUCCUUUCACUUCAGGGUGUAGACCCGAAGGAGACUGUCCUAAUGGAAAUAAAGACUGUCCGGAAAAAUCAGUAUGUCAAGCAGGACGUUGCAUAAAUCCUUGCGAUCAGUAUCACUGCGGUCCUAACGCGAUAUGUACCGUUGAAAACCGAAAACCGGUAUGCAUCUGCCCUGCUAAAUUCAGUCCUGGCGCACACGGUAUUCAAGACGGUUGCGUCAGAAUUGCUACGUCCUGUAGCUCAGAUAUCGACUGUGGACACGAGGUGUGCUUCAGUGGCCAGUGCCGAACCGUGUGCAGGAACCACGAUGACUGUUCUUCCGGUGAACGUUGCCUAGAGAAAAUGUGCAUGAUUCCGUGUGCAAGUCACAGCCAGUGUAGACAAGACCAAGCUUGCAUUUCCGGGAUGUGUAUAAUCGGAUGUCGCAGCAACAAAAACUGCCCCUCGGACCAAGCUUGUGUCAACAACAAGUGUCAAGAUCCGUGCAAACUAGAGGGCACGUGUGGUCCCAACGCAAUUUGUUCCUGUGACAAGCACAAAACGAUUUGUACGUGUCCCGAGAAUUUCGAGGGUAACCCGACACCCGAAGAAGGCUGCAUUCGCAUACCACUCACCUGUCAAACUCAAAAGAAUUGUCCAGCUGACCACACUUGCUUCAAGAACCAGUGUUCUUUGCAAUGCCAAGAUAACACCGCUUGUGCUGUAGGCGAAAGGUGCGCUAGCAACGUCUGCGCCAAGGUUUGCUACAGCGACAGCAACUGCUUACCGGGUGAAGUUUGCCUGAAAGGACUAUGUCAACCAGGGUGCGCGGUAGACGCGGACUGUAGAACAUCGCAGGUUUGUCUCCAAGGACAAUGUAAAUGCGCACUUGGUUUCAUCGGAACGCCGCAAGGCUGCGAAGACAUAAACGAGUGCGAAGAUAAUCCAUGCCAUAGAACAGCAGUUUGCCAUAACCAGAGGGGGUCUUACAAAUGUGUUUGUCCCGAGGGAACAGUGGGAGACCCUUUUAUCGAACCCGGCUGUCUUUUGCCUAACCAGUGUGCACGUAGUGCCGACUGCGCGGAUAACCUGGUUUGUAAAACUGGAAAGUGCCAGGAUCCGUGCGAAGAAGUGAGAUGCGGACCUAACGCAGUGUGUAACGUCUUCAACCACAAGUUGGCUUGCUCGUGUCCGGCUAACCAUCUGGGAGAUCCGUUCGACGCCAAGCUUGGUUGUUUCAAAGUGGAAUGUCUCGAGGAUGGAGACUGUGCGCACGAUAGGGUGUGCGACAAAGAGAUCAACAAAUGUCUAAAUCCCUGCGAUAUAAUUAGUUGCGGAAAAGGUACCUGCAUCGUCGAGGAACAUCAAGCUUAUUGCAGUUGCUUCGAAGGGUACACCCUCAUAAGAGACAAAUGUGUGGAUAUCGAUGAAUGUCGAACUUCAAACCCGUGCCACAAAUCAGCAAUUUGUUCGAACAACGACGGAGGCUUUACUUGCGUUUGCGGCGAGGGUCUAGUAGGAGAUCCUACGGUUGGCGGUUGCCGUAAACCCGGCGACUGCUUCACCGACACCGACUGUCCUUCCUCCGCCACUUGUGUAGACAACUUCUGCAAAAACCCAUGCGAAAAUCCCUCUGCGUGCGGACAAAACGCCGAAUGUAUCCCUAUAAACCACGAAGCUACGUGCAAAUGUCCACCAAAGACGCGCCAAGACGGUCAACUCAACUGUAUCGCUUUGGAAUGCGUCGACAAUAACGACUGUUCUCAAGACAAGACCUGUAUCGACUCCUCGUGCGUCAACCCUUGCACUUUGGCAAACGCCUGCGGACAGAAAGCCGACUGUCGUCCUUCCAACCACGUGGGUGUUUGUUCCUGUCAAGCAGGAACCACCGGAGACCCACACCUGGGUUGUGUUUCAGUCCAGUACUGCGCCGUUGAAAACCAGUGUCCUUCGGGAUCUCAGUGUUACAACGGAAUUUGUACUUCCGUGUGUACGUCGUCACGAGAAUGCAUCUCCGAUCAGUUGUGCAUCCAAGGAAUCUGUCAACCCACGUGUAAAUCGAACUCUUCUUGUCCCGACUUCCAGUUCUGCCAAAAUAACAUUUGUACCCAGGAGUUCAAGUGUCGGUCCAGCGAUGAUUGUUCGUUUAACGAGAAAUGCUUAGCGAAUACUGUGGGGCAAAACGAAUGUAUCGAUGUAUGCGAAGGGGUUCUGUGUGGACGAAACGCGGAAUGCGUGUCGCAGAACCACGAACCUUCGUGUAUUUGCAAGAUCGGGUACAAGGGUAACCCGAAUGAUGAUAAGUUGGGUUGUCAACGAGUCGAGUGUGAGAGCAACGAACAAUGUUCCAAUGACAAGCUUUGCGAUCACUACAUGUGCAAGAUCGCGUGUUUGGUUAACAAUCCGUGCGGACGGAACGCUCUUUGUUCAGCCGAAAGUCACAAGCAAGUUUGCUAUUGUCAACCUGGGUACACCGGAGAUCCGUAUGGUGGGUGUCGAUUGAUCGACUUCUGUGCUGACGCUCCGUGUGGCCCUAAAGCCAGGUGCCAUAAUUCUAGAGGGUCGUUCAAAUGCCAGUGUCCGCAAGGCUUGGUCGGAGACCCGUACAACGAAGGGUGUAGAACUCCGGUUGAGUGUAACACAGACAAAGAUUGCCCGAAUGUCGCUAAAUGUGACAAAACUAACGGAUUACACAAGUGUAGAGAUGUGUGCGAGAGCACGGUGUGUGGACCUAACGCAGAAUGCAUAGCGGUUGACCAUGCGGGUCACUGCAGUUGCAGGAACGGCUACCAAGGCAAUCCGAACGAUCUCACUUUAGGGUGUACGCCUAAACCGGUUUCGUGCCGACAUACUUCUGACUGCCCCGCCAACACCUACUGUUACGGCGACACUUGUAGACCACCCUGUCAAACCAGCGACGAAUGUAUCCCCACGGAACAAUGCCUCCAAGGUCAGUGUCUGGACCCGUGCGAUUUACGCUCCGCUUGUGGAAUGAACGCGGAAUGCAGAGUCAACAAUCACGUGAAGCAAUGUACGUGUCCACCGGGCUUUACCGGCAAUCAGGAAGUCGAGUGUUUCAGACUGCCGAUUUCGUGCUCCGUCGACAGCAACUGCGUCUCCGGUUUCGUCUGCAAAGAUAAUUUGUGCCAUCCGCAAUGUGCCGCCGAUAAUGACUGCGCCUUCAACGAGAAAUGUCUCAAAGGCAACUGUAUUUUAACUUGCCGGGUUGACAACGAUUGUUUCCUGGGUCACAUCUGCCUCCACAACAUGUGUAUUUUCGGGUGCCAUCACGACGACGACUGCACCGGCAGCGAGUCCUGCAGAAGCAACAAUUGCGUAGACCCUUGUGCCGAAAACCCCUGCGGACCCAACGCUCAAUGUACCGUUUCUAAUCACAGAGCUACUUGUUCUUGUGGUACCAGCUUCGUGGCAAACCCCACACCUAAAAUCGGUUGCGUCAGAGCACCGCCACAACAGUGUACUCAAAACAGAGAUUGUAACCCGGGCACUACUUGCAUUGACCAGUCUUGUCGAACCCUGUGCUCUUCCGACGCCGGAUGCUUCAACAACGAAAGAUGCGACGUUGGCACCGGAGUGUGUAAACCUAUUUGUAGACGCGACGAUGAUUGUAAGAAUGGAGAAAUUUGUGAAGGACUUGCGUGCACCGUGGGCUGCAGAAGCGACUCUGGGUGUUCGUCGGAGAAGAAAUGCCUGGCUAACCAAUGCGUUGACGUGUGUGCUUCACCCACAGCUUGCGGAACCAACGCCGAGUGUGCUGUGGUCAAUCACAACAAGCUGUGUUCUUGUCCGCAACCUCUGGUGGGUAACCCGCUGGAGUACUGCAGAUACCCGGUGCAGCCGUGUGCUGCUGACGGAGAGUGCGUCAGCGGACACGUUUGCUACCAAGCCUUGUGCCAACAAAUGUGUAGAUCGGAUCACAACUGUCUGUCGGACGAGAAGUGCAUUAGAGGGGUGUGUCGAACGGUUUGUAAUUCCGAUGACUUCUGUAGCGUCAAUCAGAUAUGUAAGAGCCGCUUGUGUGAAGUAGGGUGUAGAAGCGACUCUUCGUGUCCACCGAAUCACGCUUGUAUAAACAACAAGUGUCAGAAUCCUUGCGAUCAUAACAGUACUUGUGGAAUUUGCGCCGACUGCAAAGUCAAAAAUCACGUGGCACAAUGUAGUUGUCCAUCAAACUUCCUGGGAAACCCUCUUGUGGCGUGUACCAAAGCGGCAACCGAAUGCGACGGAUCUUGCGAAUGCGACGAAAUCGGCUACUGUACGAAAUCGUGUCGAUCCUCUAAGGAUUGUUCGUGUGGAGAGACCUGUUCUUCCGGAAAAUGCAGAAACAAAUGUUCAUCCCAGAUACCUUGCGCGAGAGGUCAGUUGUGCACCCGAGGCGCUUGCUUCCCUGGGUGUCGCUCCAACAACGACUGCUCCUCCUCCGAAGUGUGCAGAAACAAAAAGUGUCAAAACGUGUGUAAAGAUCCACAUAGUUGCGGCAAGAACGCCGUGUGUCAAGCCACCGACCGAAGGAAGGUGUGUUUGUGCCCCGACGGCUACCAAGGCGACCCCAAGGUUGAGUGCAAACCUUACGAAUGCAGACUGGAUACGGAUUGCGAAUCCAACAAACGCUGUAGCCCGAAAGGGGCUUGCAAGAACCCGUGUUUGGAAAAUAGAGCUUGCGGGGUGAACGCGCAGUGUAGGGUGAUCGAGAGAAAGCCCCACUGUACUUGUCCUCCCGGUUUUAUCGGUAAUGCCUUGGUUGAAUGUAAGAAGGGCGGCAACGAAGAAUGUUUGAAGAAUCCUUGCGGAGCUAACACUAAAUGCAGAGACGUCGACGGCAAGUACGAGUGCUCGUGCGCGCCGGGAUGCGUCGGAGAUCCGCACAGAGGGUGCGUUUGUGAGACGGAGUUGGUCAAUUUGUGUAAGAAGAAGCUGUGCGGUGCUGGAGCACAGUGUAGGAUCGUUCAUGGGAACAGGACGGAGUGUUUCUGUCCGGCUGAGGCGCCGGCUGGGGAUCCGACUAUAGAGUGUACCGUGGAAGAGAGGCACGUCGUCGACUGCAGGACGGAGGGAUGCGGUAAGAACGCGGAGUGCAUCCGCGAACAGGCGUUCUUCGUCUGCCGUUGUCUGCCGGGACACACGGGCCGUCCGGAAGUAGAGUGUAGCAGGGAUGCCGAAUGUAACAGUGACUUAGAAUGCUCCAACGAAAAGGCGUGCAUCAACUACCAGUGCAUUGACCCGUGCACGCUGCGCGGGGCUUGCGGACUGAACGCCCUCUGUCGUACGGUCCUGCACCGCCCCCGAUGCUCCUGCCCCGAGUGUCACGUGGGCAUGGCGAACACGGAAUGCCGCCCCGACCCCAAAUGUCUCUCAACGCAGCCGCGCCCCUCCACCCCCUCUCGCUGCCGCAAAGACGCGCACUGCCCCGCCAGUCUGGCCUGCAACGCGGCCUCGGGCGAGUGCUACGACCCCUGUAGCAACCCCGCGUUCAAGUGCCGGGGCAACAAGAAGUGCGAGGUCUCGCACCACCGCCCCACUUGCGUCUGCAAAAACGGCUUCGUGGUGAACGAGCGCGGGGAGAUCGCCUGCGCGCCCGAGAUCAGCGAGUGCUCGCGCGACGCGCAGUGCCCGUCGAACCGGGCGUGCGUAGACGGCGUCUGCCAGAACCCCUGCACCGCUUCGAAAAAGUCGCCCUGCCCGCCGGAGAAGGGCUGCGACGUGCUCAACCACAAGCCCGUUUGUAUUUGCUUGAAAAAUUGCAACCCCUCCUUGUCGAUUUGCCUGAGAGACAAUGGGUGUCCGGCGCACCAAGCGUGUAGGGCAUUUAGGUGCGAAGACCCAUGCGAGACGGCCAGCUGUCCGGAGAACACGCCCUGUUACGUCGAAGAUCAUAGACCUAUUUGCAAGUUUUGUCCGCCCGGAUUUAUAUCAGACGCAAAGUAUGGAUGCCUCAAAGACAUCAAAUGCUACCAGCAUACGGACUGCACCUCGCAACAAGCUUGCAUCAAUGGAAAGUGCCACAAUCCAUGUUUAGUUUCUAAUCCUUGCAUUGAAUCGCACGAUUGCCAGGUUCAGGACCAUCAACCUGUUUGCGUUAAAGUUUGUCAGUGCCAGAAACACACGGACUGUGGUGCCACCAACAUGGUUUGUGAUGGAUGCAGAUGCGUAAUCAGAGAGGAACCGAAGAUCGUUCCUGGGUGCGAGCACUGUCCUCCGGGCAUCGCUUGCGAUCCGACUACCGGAGCGUGCAUUAAAGAUAUGGCUUCAACACCAGGUACACUAACCGAAACACAAACUGUGACUAUUUCACAAAUAACAAACCAAACUAGUGCUACUACUACUCCCACUAUCCUAACAUUUAGUGAAUUUGGAAGUACCGAAUUAACUACACAAUCAAUAAUCGAACCUACAACGUCGGAAAUCAAAGAAUCGAUGACACCCUUUACUUCGGCACCUCCAGAGAGAAUGACCACCGGAAGCGAACUGUUCACGUCUGUACCCUUAGAUAAACAAACCACAACUACCGCUUCUCAACCAGAAACCGUUUACACGAGCAGACCGUUUACGUCUACUGACAAAAUGAUGACAACAACCGAAAAAACAGAUUUAGUUUUUCCCCUAACCACAACGACAGAAAAAUUUGUUACGGUAACUCCACAAUACCCAGAAACUACGCUUUUUGAAACGAGUACCGAAACUGGAAGUACUACUUCUACGCAGAGCACGACACAAUAUAGACCGACAGUUACAAGCGAAGAAACAGGAACGUCUACAUCAUUUGAAUAUACCGAAACACCACCCACGAUUUCUGAAAGAACCACAAAACCCAGUUCAGAAGUACCGACGUCUACGAUGUACACGGAAGUGCAGAAAACUACCAAAGCUUAUGAGACUUCUACAACGGAAACGAUACCUGGACGCGUUACAGAAAAAGAAUACACGGAAUUACCAACCACGAUUGGCGAAACAACUAGAAAAACAACUUCUGAAUAUGUCACUAGUGCAGAAAUAACGGAAAAAACAACAGAAGCAACAGCUGCGCCUGUUACAGUUACAUCUAUUGGUCAAAAACCUACUACAGAAAAAGAAUACACAGAAGUACCAACCACAAGUGGCGAAAUAACUGGAAAAACAACUUCUGAAUAUGUUACUAGUUCAGAAAUAACUGAAAAACCAACAUCCGUGGUGUAUACAGUGACACAUGAAGAAACUACAAAACACGAGACGUUAACACCAGAAACAACAGCUGCGACUGUUACAUUUACACCUAUUGGUAAAGAACCAACUACAGGGGAAGAAUACACAGAAGUACCAACCACGAUUGGUGAAAGAACUAUAACAACAACAACGAGUCCUGAAUAUGUCACCAGUUCAGAGACGACAGGAACAUUUACUGUUACUGGAGAAGCGCAAAUGACUGGUGAACCUCAUGAGAUUCCCACAAAAGAAACUACGAUCAGAUAUACUACCCCUAAAAGUUCUGCAACUGUAACCGCUGGUAUUACAAAAGAAUUUACGCAAACGUCAAGUACUGAAAUGAAACCUGAAUACACAGUUACGACAAUCAAAUCUAUCCAAGAAACAUCGAAACCAAUAACCACUGCAGGUACCACCUCAAAGAUAACAACAGAAGAAGUUUUAACACCUCCUACUGUUAUUGGUUUACCAGAAACUACAACAGGAAGAGUACCGUUAACACCUGGAGGCACACAACCCUUCACAGAGACGACAGGAUUUGUUACUACAAGUACCGCAAGAACUACUGGGUCAGUACCGGAAGGUACAUUAUCCACAACCUACUUUACAGAAACUACACCAGAAGCAGGACGUACAGAGAGCACUGUGAGUGUGAGGACUCCGAAAGUUGUGUUGAGUACUGAAAAAACUUUGCCAACGGAAUACACAACUGAAAUAGUGCAUACCUACACACCAGAAAAAGUAUACACACAGGUUCCAUCAACUACAGAAAAAUCCUUGGGAACUGUUAUGACUGAAGGCACAACUCCUGAAGUUUUAGCACCUGUAACUAUUACUGAAUUGCCAAAAACAUCAGUCAAAGUCGAAACUACGGAGUACACAGUAUAUACAGAAGCGACUAGAGAAACGUUUUUGACAACGGGAGGGCGCGAAGGUACUACACGGAUACCAGUAGAAACUUCCCGAACAGAAAGUACUUCAGGCUUUCCUAGCAUCAUAACUUCCACAGAGGAAACUUUGUCUACGAAAAUAAUCGGACAAACUACUCCGGAAAUAUUAACGACUUCUGGAAAGUCUACAGAAUUUUCGAGAAGUACCGAUGAGACAACUACGUUUACAACUGGAAAAUUAACGCCUGUAACUAUAACAGGAAUUCCCGAAACCACCACACAAUUAUUUGUUGAAAUAGAAAAUGGUACCGAGACAACUGAAGGUAGAACUGUGACAAAAAGUACUCCAGAAGCAAUUACGACAGAAAGAACAUCAACACAAGCAGUAACUUCAAAAACAGAACAAAUUCUGACUCCUGUUACUGUGAUCGGAUUGCCUGAAGCGACGCCUGAAACCCAUACUACAGAAAUCUACACUGAAAAAUCAACCCUUACUUCACCGACUACUCCUUCUGGAAGUACUGUUUCUAGUACUACAGAAGUACCGACUAUAAAAGUUUUUACUCUUCCUAGAGAAACUCACACAACUACAGAACCCGUUUCAACUAAAGGAAGCGACGUUACAACAAAAUCGUACGUAACGUUAAGUACUGAGAGCGGUACUCCAUCUACACAGCAGCCAAGCAAAGCAUCAACUGUUUCUGAAUUCACAGAUGUUUCCACUAUCAAAGUAUAUACUAUUACAGAAGAAGCACAAAAAACUACAGAAUUUAUUUCAACUUCCCCAAGGACAUCGGCUGAAACCGAAAAAAUGACGCCGUUUGAAACAACUUCUCCAAAAGUAUAUGCGACAACACCUUCCGUAAGCAGUGAAGGUACAACAUCUGAAAAAACAACUGGUAAACCUUUCACAACUUUGUCGGUACCAACAGGGCAUCCGGUAAGUACUGAAACAACAAGCACUUAUGGCCAGCGAACUACGGAAUACGGAGAAACUACAACCACUCAGGCGACAAAAGAACCAAAAGUACCAAUUUCAAUUUCAACAGAAGCAACGACGGGUAGUUUUGUUACUCAAACUUCAAGUGAACAAUCUAUUUAUACGACUGGUUAUAGUACUCGGAAAGAACUUACAACGGAUACUAUAAUACCGGAAAUCGGUAGUACCGAAUCUACGUCCAGAUUUACUGAAAAAGUGUUAACGACCGUACCACAAAGUACACCCACAGAGCAAACGACGUAUACGGAAAAGAUUACAAGUACUACUGCAAGGAGUGGAACCGAAGUUCCUGCAACGACAACACAAACUAAAACGGAAACUAAACAAACCACAGAAUCUCAAAUGAUAACUGGUUUCACAAGUGUUGGUACAGACAAAAUAUAUACGUCUGCAAUGGUACCUACAACACAGGAGUCAUUUAAACCAGAAACAACAACAGAAGAAGAAAUAAUUUCAACGUCCUAUGGGUCUGUUCCUUCUAUAACAACAAAAAGUACUGCCGAAACUCGUAAGACAUCAAGUACGGAGGAAGGAAAUUUUACUCCUACUAUGGUACCGACAAAAGAGCAGCCACUUACUCCAGAGAUAGUGGUUUCGGAACAUACCACGGUGCCCACAAGUACUGAACAAAAAUAUACGACAACUUACUACCUAACGCAAAGUACACCAGAAAUUAUUUCAACACAGUAUAGUAUUCCUUCCGUUGUAUCAACUCAUAGUACUGAAAGUACUAAAAAGGAAUCAGUUACAUCAUCAAGUUUUAUGACAAAACCCGAAACAACUACUCAAGAAUUUAAAAGUCCUUCGACUACAGAACAUGUGCUCAAACCGGAAACAACGAUGUUCGAAUAUAUUACUACCGGUAGAAGUACUGUGCGAGAACCAAUAACAACAGUGCCCACAAGUAGUGGAGGCACAGUUAGAAUACCUAGUACAGAAGAAAUUUAUACAUCUAUGACGAGUAUUGAAACAGAAACAACUGUUACAGUACCUAAAAGUACCGAAACAGAACAAACAACGCACAGUACAACCGAGAGCAGAACUACAUCAGCGCGUUAUAGUACUACCGAACAAACCGUAACACCUCCCAGACAAGAUUUUACCACAACACCAUCGAGGUACGGUACUGUUACUUCUGUAGCAACUGAAACAUCAAGCACGCUGUCGACGCAACCUGGAACCUUUAUACCAGAAAAACCAGAAACAACUACAGGAUAUAUUCCUCUGACUAAAAUUUCAGAACAAACGACAACUCGAUCUGGUACCACACCUUCUGUAACAGGAAUCCAAACAGAAGAAACUUUUUCCACGCAACGAUAUUUGACGACUACAGAAUAUGAAACUACAAUUUCUACACCACGGGUUCCUACAGAGCGUGGUACUACUACAAGUGAAAGAAUUUUAACAGAAACAGUGACACCGGAACAAACUGUUAAGACUACAGAAGCAGAACGUACUACAAGACCUUCCGAGGCGAGUUUAUCACCUGUAAGUACCGAAAGCAGUACUGUGACAGAAAAGGUACCAAGUAGAGAAACAGAAAAAACAGUAACCCAAUACACUACGCCAACUAUUAGCCAGUUUACAUCAUCAGGCAGCUCAGUAGAAACAACCCUCACUUCCACAGAAGGUGGAAUAAAGUUCACCACACCAACUGCACCUGAAACUACGAGUACCGAGGAACAUACUUCUGUGAAAAUAGUACAUACAGAGACUACUUAUCCUACUAGUAGCAUUAGUACUAGAGUACCAACGGCACAGGAAGGUACCUUUACAACCGUUACACCACCAGUUAGUACUGGCACACCUUUUACUUCAGUUAGUAAAACCGUCACAGAGUACACUUCAGCUACUAAAAAAGAAUUUGAAAUAACGACGAAAUCUGGCACUGAAUACACUUCGCCUGUUAAAGUCGAAACAGAAACUACUCCUUCGGUAGGCACAGGCACUACUCAGGAAUUUACUUCGCCUCCUAAAAUUGAAACAAGUUCGUCUAGAGAAGGUACAGGUACUACUGAAGAAUUUACCUCAAGACCUAGACCCGAAAUUGAAACAUCUACGCCUCGAUACGAAUCCACUGAAUUUACUUCUCCAGUAAGGACGUCUGAAGUUACGGAAACUUCAGUACCGUCUAAAUUAACCACAGAAUCUGAAACGAGUACUAGGUCGUCGUUUGGUACUUCACCAGGUGUCACAACAAGAGAAUCAAUGUCCACAGAGACAACCAUUGAAGAAGAAAAGACAACAGCUUACACUUCUUAUACUCUAAAUACUGGAGAACCUGGAAAAUCGACAGAAUUUUCCAGAGUACCAAAAGUUACAGCCGGUACGGAAACAUUUAGUGUUACGAGUUCUUCGGAAAGGAUAACUGAAUAUACAAGUUCAGGAAUUAGUUCUUAUUCACCUACGAUCGAAACGACCACACAAAAAGUAACUGAAGGACCUUUCACUAUUCUGUCAACAAGUAAAGAGGGACUAACGAUGUAUCCUCAAAUGACUCCUGAAUCUUUCGUAACAGGGACUACAACCAAGCCAAACGUCACGAUUGAAACUACAACUAAAGAAAAAUUGACGGAGAAACCAACCAGUAGUUCUUCUCAGAUACCGAUAACUGAAGAAGUUACCGUUCCGCCAGAACCAGAAAUACCGUACACCAAGGAGCAUACUAUCCCUGUGGUGGUUAUUGGAGUAGAAACCACUCCUAUGACUACAGCUCAUAAAACACCAAUUACACCUGUUACAAUGCAGCCGUUUACAGAAAAAACUACACAAAGAAUUGAAACCUCGACUUCUUUUGGAGGUACAUUAACUGAAGAAACUGUUUUACCAAUAGCGACUACUUUAGAGUCUAUAACGUCUUUUGUACCGGAAGUUACGGGAACUUCUGCCGUUAGUGUGGAAAAUGUAACUUUGCCAACUUUUGUUUCGGUUACGAUACCUGAGGUGAGUUCAACAGAAACAUCGAUUCAAAAUACAACGGAUCAAAUAGGUACAACACUCAGAACUGUAAGUACGUCAAGCGAAACAAUAUCUCAUUUUACUGAAAACGUAACAAUAGAAGUACAGAAAACAACAACAAUGAUUCCUGCCGAACAUAUAACUACUUCUGAACAAAUUUAUACUACGACAAACAUAAAAGAAAGCACCACGGGUGCUACAAUUACAGCUGCUGCUACUGGAAAAACAACUUUUAAACCUACUAGUCCAGAAACUGGAGCUACAUUUACAUAUACAAGUCUGGAAUCCGAAGGUACCACAAGUCCGUCUAGAGAAACUGGGGCUACAAUUAGUACUAAAGCUUCUACCUCUGAAGCGACAACGCAAGAAGGUUAUACAAGAACCAGUUCUGUGAGUACUACAGGCUUUACUACAAGUAGUACGGAGCAAGGUUUUACAAGUCCGUUUAAAGAAACAGGAACGACAACGAGUACGUCAGGUUUUAGUUCUGAAGCAACAACACAAGAAGCUUAUACAAGCAUUCCUGUGAGUACGACAGGGUUUACGACAAGCAGCACGGAGCAAGGUAUUACAAGUCCGUUUAAAGAAACAGGAACGACAAAAAGUACUUCAGGUUUUACUCCUGAGGCAACAACACAAGAAGUUUAUACAAGAACGAUCCCUGUGAGUUCGACAGGUUUUACGACAAGUAGUACAGAGCAAGGUAUUACAAGUCCGUUUAAAGAAACAGGAACGAUGACUAGUACUGCAGGUUUUACGACAAAGAGUACUUCAGGUUUUAGUUCUGAAGCGACAACACAAGAAGCUUAUACAAGGAUUCCUGUGAGUACGACAGGGUUUACGACAAGCAGCACGGAACAAGGUAUUACAAGUCCGUUUAAAGAAACAGGAACGACGACUAGUACUUCAGGUUUUACGACAAGUAGCACGGAACAAGGUUUUACAAGUCCGUUUAAAGAAACAGGAACGACAAGGAGUACUUCAGGUUUUACCUUCGAAGCGACAACGCAAGAAGGUUAUACAAGAACCAUUCCGGCCAGUACUACAGGAUUUAGGACAAGUAGUACGGAGCAAGGUAUUACAAGUCCGUUUAAAGAAACAGGAACGACAAAAAGUACUUCAGGUUUUACUCCUGAGGCAACAACACAAGAAGUUUAUACAAGAACGAUCCCUGUGAGUUCGACAAGUUUUACGAUAAGUAGUACUGAACAAGGUAUUACAACCCCAUUUAAAGAAACGGGAACGACAAAGAGUACUUCAGAUUUUACCUCUGAAGCGACAACGCAAGAAGGUUAUACAAGAACCAUUCCGGCCAGUACUACAGGAUUUAAGACAAGUAGUACGGAGCAAGGUAUUACAAGUCCGUUUAAAGAAACAGGAACGACAAAAAGUACUUCAGGUUUUACUCCUGAGGCAACAACACAAGAAGUUUAUACAAGAACGAUCCCUGUGAGUUCGACAGGUUUUACGACAAGUAGUACAGAGCAAGGUAUUACAAGUCCGUUUAAAGAAACAGGAACGACAAAAAGUACUUCAGGUUUUACUCCUGAGGCAACAACACAAGAAGCUUAUACCAGCAUUCCUGUGAGUACGACAGGUUUCACGACAAGCAGCACGGAACAAGGUAUUACAAGUACGUUUAAAGAAACAGGAACGACAAAGAGUACUUCAGGUUUUACCUCUGAAGCGACAACACAAGAAGCUUAUACAAGAAGCAGUGCUGUGAGUACGACAAGCAGCACGGAACAAGGUACUACACCUCCAUUUAAAGAAACGGGAACUACAAUUCGUACUUCAGGUUUUACUCCUGAGGCAACAACACAAGAAGUUUAUACAAGAACGAUCCCUGUGAGUACGACAGGUUUUACGAUAAGUAGUAUUACAAGCCCGUUUAAAGAAACGGGAACGACAAAGAGUACUUCAGAGUUUACUUCUGAAGUGACAACACAAGAAGCUUAUACCGGAAGCAUUUCUGUGGGUACGACAAGCAGCACGGAACAAGGUACUACAAGUCCAUUUAAAGAAACGGGAACUACAAUUCGUACUUCGGGUUUUACUCCUGAAGCAACAACACAAGAAGUUUAUACAAGAACGAUCCCUGUGAGUAUGACAGGCUUUACGACAAGCAGCACGGAACAAGGUACUACAAGUCCGUUUAAAGAACCUGGAGCUACAACUAUUUCUUCUGGUUUUACUGCUGAAGCAACAACCCAGGAAACUGAUACAAAAAUCGUUCCUGUGACUACGCCUGGCUUUACGAAAAGUAGUACGGAACAAGGUACUACAGGUCCGUUUAGAGAAACGGGAGUCCCAAGUAGUACUUCAACUACGUCUCAAGCAACAACACAAGAAGUUUACACAAAAACUACCCUCGAAAGUGAGACAGGUUUUACAACAAGCGGUGCAGAGCAGGGUACUACAACUCCAUUUAAAGAAACUGGAACGACAGUUAGUUCUUCCGUUAUUACCUCUGAAGGAACAACACAAGAAUCUUAUGGAAAAACCACUGCGAGUACGACAGGUUUUACAACUGGAGGAUUCACGGGAAGAUCUUCAGAAGGUUAUACGCCGUACGAAACAACGAGUGUCGUUUCUACUUUAAGUUCUGAAGCUCGUACUGCAAGUACUGUAAAAGUCAGUACUGUGGGUGAAACUUUGGCGACUACGAUGCCAACGGUAAUUCCUACAAGUCCUAUACCCAUCGAUACCUACACAGAUCGAACCACUAACCUCACAGUAACCUGUAACACAGACCUGGACUGUCAGGCGUACGAAACGUGUCUAUGCCAGCAAUGUGUUAACGUUUGUGCGAUCGGUGGUCGUUGCGCUAUAAACGCAAUAUGUACGCCUGAAAACCACACGGCGAUCUGCAUGUGUCCGCCGGCAUACUCAGGAGAUCCAAAGAGGAAUUGCUUACAAGAACCACCUCAUUCAAAAGCACCUAAACCGUGCGAAUCAGAUAUGGACUGUCUCGAAAGCGAGGCUUGUUACAUGUCGCUGUGCGAAGAUCCUUGUGCAUUUACUAACGCCUGUGCAAAAACUGCUAAGUGUCAAGUGAAAAUGCACAGGCCUAUAUGUACAUGUCCGAUGGGAUACGAAGGAAAUCCUGCGAUUAAAUGCUUCAAGUCCCCAACAAUGAGUUGCACCAACAACAACGAUUGUCCCUUGACCGAAGCCUGCAUCGGGCACGCAUGUCAAAGACCAUGCGAUGUACACAACCCGUGUGCCCAUAACGCCGUCUGCGUCAACACCAACCACGGCUCUGACUGUAGUUGUGCGGAAGGCUACCAAGGAAACGGUUACGUUGGCUGCGUGCCAGUUCACGACUACAAACCCAUCUGCCAAUACAACGAAGACUGCCCACCUAACAAACUCUGCGACAGACUCAACAGAAUAUGUAUCAACCCCUGCUUCGACGAUUCCUGCGGCGAAAACGCCGAGUGUCUACCCAAAGAUCACGGAAUCGAAUGCCGAUGCCUCCCCGGAUACCAAGGAAACCCGUACACUCUCUGCGACCAAGUCCUCGGCUGUAGAUCCGACCGCGAUUGCUCAUCGAACGAAGCCUGCAUCAACGGCCGCUGCGGUUCCCCUUGUCGCUGUGGCCACUACGCCGUCUGCGAAGUCCUCAACCAUAAACCGACCUGUAAGUGCCCACCAGGAUACCAAGGAAAUCCGGCAACCGGAUGUCAACCACCCACCAACCCUUGUGACCCUAACCCCUGCGGUUUGCACGCCCAAUGCGAAGUCGAUAAAGGGAGCGCUGUUUGCUUCUGCCCUAAAGGUCUAACCGGAAAUCCGUUUGUUAGUUGCAUUCCUGAAGGAGAUGAGUGUUCUCCAAACCCUUGUGGACCCAAUUCUGGUUGUAGGGUAGUCGGUGGUAAAGCCGUUUGCUUCUGUUUACCUGAAUACGAAGGAACGCCUCCUCAAGUUCCGUGUGCCUUACCUGCGAACCCCUGUAACCCGUCUCCCUGCGGACCCAACACCCAAUGUACUAUUUUGGGCAGUGGUUUUGCCAAGUGCACUUGUCUCCCGGGUUAUUUGGAGAGCCCCAAUACCAUCCGAGGUUGUAUCGAGGCGAAAAACCCUUGCGAACCCAAUAUCUGCGGUCAAGGUGCUCUUUGCGAUCCCUUACGGGAACCCGUCUGCUACUGUCCUUUAGGCAAAUCCGGAAACCCUUAUAGAGUAUGUACUGAACCCACUGUGGCUCCUAUGUUGUGCUCUCCCGGACCCUGUGGUCUAAAUUCCGACUGUUACGUUUCAAACAACCAAGAACAGUGUUACUGCAGAGCAGGUUUCAUCGGUGAUCCUUACUCAGGUUGUAGACUCCAACCUCCUAGUCCUUGCGUACCCAACCCAUGUGGGCCGGGAGCUCAAUGCACCGUUUCGCCCGACGGAAAGUCCAUGUGUCGCUGUCCAGACGGCAUGGGAGGUGAUCCUACAGGACCGGCUGGCUGCCACGGAUACGAAUGUGUAGUCGAUGAUAAUUGCGCCGACCAUCAAGCUUGCAUGGGUUAUAGAUGUCGUGACCCGUGUCCGGGUUCUUGUGGGGUUAACGCCAACUGUCGAGUGGAAAAACAUCAUCCUGUUUGCACCUGCGAACCCAAUUUCACCGGAAAUCCAGUCAUUAGGUGCUUCCCCAUUCCGCCACGCACGCCCGAUAGGAACCCAUGUUUGCCAAGUCCUUGCGGGUUGAACACCCUCUGCCAAGUCGUAGGAAGUCGUGCUGUUUGCUCGUGUUUGCCUGAUUUUCAAGGAGAUCCACAGUUUGGGUGUCGCCCAGAGUGUGUUCUGAACUCCGACUGUCCUAUUAAUAAAGCUUGUUUGGAACGACACUGUGUGGAUCCUUGCACUAUUAACAACCUGUGUGGAAUCCACGCUAUUUGUCAAGUUCGGGAUCAUACUGCUACUUGUAUUUGUCCCGAAGGAUACAUGGGAGAUCCUUUCUAUCAAUGUUUGCCGACUCCUCCGGUUUCUCCAAUCGCCAAUGUUUCUAAACCGUGUUUACCAUCACCGUGUGGGACUACCAUGGAAUGUAACAACUACGGUGGACAAGUGGCUAUUUGUGACCCUUGUUUGGGUCCUGACGCUCCUUACAACCCCCAAUGUAGACCAGAAUGUUUAACCAACGCCGACUGUCCUUUCAACAGAGCUUGUCUAGGAUUUACUUGUGCAGACCCUUGUCCUGGAUCUUGUGGAGUGAAUGCUUUGUGUACUGUCGUUAGUCACACGCCGGUUUGUAGUUGUCCCCAAGGCCUCAUCGGGAACCCAUUCGAACACUGUUCCACCCCCACAAAACCCAUCGACCGAAUCGACACUUGUGAAAACGUCAGAUGUGGUGCGAACGCUGAUUGCAAACAACAGCAACGUGCCUUGUCAUGCGUUUGCAAAAAAGGCUUCUUUGGCAACCCCUGGAUCGCUUGCAGACCCGAGUGUGUGAUAAACCCCGACUGUUCUCUCGACAAAGCGUGCAUCAACAGCAAAUGCGUAGACCCGUGUGCUGGCGUCUGCGGUGUAGGCGCUCAGUGUGAAGCCAUAAACCACAUCCCUAUAUGUUUCUGUCCACCUCAACACACUGGAGACCCCUUCGUUAACUGUUAUCCGUACAAACCACCAGCACCACCACUGGUAGUCGUUCCCGGCAAUCCAUGCGAUCCUUCUCCAUGUGGUCCCUACAGCAGAUGUCUCGUCUCGUCUCAAGGUUUCGCCACUUGCUCGUGCCUUCCAAAUUAUCACGGUGCACCACCUGCUUGCAAACCUGAAUGUAUCGUCAGUUCCGAGUGUCCCCAAACCCGAGCUUGCAUCAACCAGAAAUGUACUGACCCUUGUCCUGGAACGUGCGGCAAUAACGCCAUCUGUACGGUGAUCAACCACAAUCCCAUCUGUAGUUGUCCACCGGGACAACAAGGCGAUCCGUUCGUUAACUGCUACGCUACAACAGUAACCGAAGAACCCAGAAUACCACUGAACCCUUGUAGUCCAUCUCCGUGUGGACCUAAUUCAAUCUGUCAAGUCAAAAAUAACCGACCGGUUUGCUCUUGCAGUCCAAACUAUAGCGGUAGCCCUCCGUACUGUCGCCCGGAAUGCGUCAUCAGUCAAGAAUGUCCAAAGAACAAAGCAUGCGUGAAAGAAAAAUGUGUUGACCCUUGUAUCAACACUUGUGGUCAAAACGCAAAAUGUGAUGUAGUCAGUCACACUCCGUUCUGUAGUUGCUUGUCUGGCUACGAAGGUGACGCUUUCGUGGGUUGUUCAAAGGUUAUAGUCGUUCCUAAAGAUCCCUGCAAUCCUUCUCCGUGUGGAGGGAACGCUCAAUGUACGGUAUUGAACGGGGCUGCUAGAUGCAGUUGCAUUCCACCAUACAUCGGCAAUCCUUACGCCGGUGGAUGCAGACCUGAGUGUACCAUCAACGCCGACUGUCCGAGUCAUUUAGCUUGUUUGAGUCAACACUGUAGGAAUCCAUGUCAAGGCCUGUGCGGAGCAAGAGCCGAAUGUAACGUUGUCAAUCACGUCCCGGUUUGUGUGUGUGCUAGAGGACUUGUAGGAAAUCCGUUUACUUCUUGCCGUGAAGCAAUACCAGAACCACCCAAAAACCCAUGUGAACCGUCUCCGUGUGGCCCGAACAGCGUCUGUCGUGUUAGGAACAACCAAGCGGUGUGUUCGUGUCAACUGGGUUAUUUCGGAUCACCACCACUCUGCAGACCCGAAUGUCUAGUCAGCUCGGAAUGUAGUCAACACACAGCUUGUAUUAACCAGAAGUGUCAAGACCCGUGCCCUGGCGCCUGUGGAUUUAACGCUCGCUGUCAAGUAGUCAAUCACAACCCGAUUUGUAGUUGUCCUUCCAAUUAUAUAGGAGACCCAUUCGUGCAAUGUAACAGAGAAGAACCCAAAGUACAGCCACCAACGAAAAUCACCCCAUGUAUUCCAUCACCGUGUGGUUCUAACGCCGAGUGUCGACCAGUCGGAGAUCGCCCUGUAUGUUCCUGUCUUCCUGGAAUGUUGGGUGCGCCUCCAAAUUGUCGCCCCGAGUGUGUCAUCAACCAAGAUUGUCCCUCACAUCUCGCGUGUGUUAAUAAUAAAUGUAAAGAUCCGUGUGCGGGUUCGUGUGGAUAUAACGCUCAGUGUACCGUGUUUAACCACCAGCCAACUUGUAACUGCCUUUCUGGAUUCGAAGGAGAUCCGUUCUCUGGUUGUAGCCCCGUGCAAGUUAUUGAUAUUCCUCGAAAUCCGUGCAACCCCUCGCCUUGUGGGGCUAACGCUAUUUGUAAAGAACGAAACGGUGCGGGUUCUUGCACUUGCGUAAAGAACUACUUUGGUGACCCUUAUGCCGGAUGUAGACCCGAAUGUGUUAUGAAUACUGAUUGUCCCCACGACAAAGCAUGUUUAGCUAUGAAGUGUCGAGACCCUUGCCCAGGUAGUUGCGGCCUAAACGCAGAAUGUAAAGUUAUAAAUCACAAUCCGCAAUGUUACUGUCUCCCUGGAUUUACUGGAAACGCGUUGACUCUAUGUCGAGAAGUUCCAGCCAGUAAGACACCACAACCCUCAAAGACCCACCCCUUAAUCUCUAUUUCUUUAGUCACUGACGAAGAACCUAGGAGAAACCCUUGCGUGCCGUCCCCUUGUGGCCCCUACAGUAUUUGUAGAGUGCAAAAUGACAGACCCGUAUGUUCUUGUUCUUCUGGUUAUUUAGGCGCGCCACCCAAUUGCAGACCGGAGUGUCUAGUCAACUCGGAAUGUCCCUUAGACAAAGCAUGCUACAAACAAAAAUGCAUUGACCCUUGUCCCGGAACUUGCGGUUUUAACGCGAGAUGUAAAGUGGUGAACCACAAUCCCAUCUGUAGCUGUCCUUCGGGAUAUGUGGGUGAUCCCUUCAGUAGAUGUACUUUAGAAAUCAAACCGCCAGUAGUAGAGAUACAAAACCCUUGCAGACCAUCCCCUUGCGGUUUAUUCUCCGAAUGCCGUGUCCGAGAUAAUCGGCCAGUUUGUUCCUGCUUGCCGAAUUACUACGGCCAACCACCCAACUGUAGACCCGAAUGUGUCGUUAACUCUGACUGUGCUGCGACCAAAGCAUGCCAAAACGAGAGAUGUCGCGAUCCGUGCCCCGGUUCUUGCGGCGCAAGCGCAGAAUGUAGAACAAUCAAUCACUCUCCAGUUUGUUAUUGCUUGCAAGGAUUUACCGGCGAUCCUUUCUCGGGAUGCCACCAAAUUGUGGCCAUCGAAGAAGCUAGACACCCUUGCAAUCCGUCACCAUGUGGAAGUAACGCCAUUUGUCGCGAACAGAACGGCGCAGGAUCGUGCGCUUGCAUACAAGACUAUUUCGGUGACCCUUACGCAGGUUGUAGACCCGAGUGUGUGACAAACUCAGACUGUCCACGGGAUAGAGCUUGCGUUAAUAACAAAUGCAAGGAUCCUUGUCCAGGGACGUGCGGAUUGAAUGCUGAAUGUAGAGUUUACAACCACGCACCAACAUGCAACUGCUUGUCAGGAUACACUGGAAACGCUUUGCGAUCAUGUCACCUUCCGCCUCCACCUCUGCCUUCACCACCGGAACAGGAACUCAAUCCAUGUCAGCCAUCACCUUGCGGACCAUACAGUCAAUGCAGGGUUUCUAACGGGCAUGCAGUCUGUUCUUGUCAGUCUAGUUACAUAGGGACACCUCCCUCUUGCAGACCCGAAUGCACGGUCAGCACAGACUGCAUGCAGGAUAGAGCUUGCAUUAAUCAAAAAUGUCGCGACCCUUGUCCCGGCACGUGCGGAUUAAACGCGAGAUGUAAUGUAGUUAAUCACAACCCUAUCUGUAGCUGCUCGCCUGGAUUCGAAGGAGAUCCUUUCGUCAGAUGCAUUAAAACAGAACGACGACCUGUGGUCGAACCCAGCGGAAACCCUUGCGUUCCUUCGCCUUGCGGCCCUAACUCUCAAUGCAGAGUCGUGGGUACACAAGCCGCAUGUUCCUGUUUACCAAACUAUAUCGGUCGCUCGCCUAACUGCCGCCCAGAAUGUACCAUAAACGCGGAAUGCCCCAGCAAUUUAGCUUGCAUUAACGAAAAGUGUCGCGAUCCUUGUCCCGGUUCCUGUGGAGUUCAAACUACUUGCGUUGUCGUCAACCACUCACCCGUGUGUCAGUGCCAGGUUGGUUUUACCGGUGAUCCGUUCGCUGGUUGCUCUCAAAUACCUCCAAGGCCAACCCAACCCGAAAUUAUUAACCCUUGUAAUCCGUCACCUUGCGGUGCCAACGCCGUUUGCAAAGAACGUAACAACGCGGGAUCGUGUACUUGUUUACCGGAAUAUUUCGGAGACCCGUACUCGGGUUGCAGACCGGAGUGUGUCAUCAACACCGACUGCUCUCGCGAUAAAGCUUGCAUCAACAACAAAUGUAAAAAUCCUUGUCCAGGAACAUGCGGUUUGAACGCGGAAUGCAGGGUCGCUAAUCACGCUCCAUCUUGCUCUUGCCUAGUCGGAUACACAGGAAACCCGGCUGUUGCAUGCCACCUACCGCAGCCUAUUUUGCAUGAAGAACCAAAGACUCAACCUUGCCAGCCUUCACCUUGCGGACCCUACAGUCAGUGUCGAGUAGUGAAUGGGCACGCAGUAUGUUCCUGUCAAGCGAACUAUAUCGGAUCGCCACCGAUGUGUAAACCCGAGUGCAUGAUUUCAGCCGACUGCCAGUUAGACAAAGCUUGUAUAAACACCAAAUGCCAAGACCCGUGCCCAGGCACUUGCGGUCUUAACGCGAGAUGUCAAGUUGUAAAUCAUAACCCCAUUUGUAGUUGCCCUACAGGUUUUUCAGGAGACCCGUUUGUGCGCUGUGUGCAAGAACAACCUGUAGAACGACCCAAACCGCCAGAAAACCCGUGCGUCCCUUCACCUUGUGGCCCCAACUCUCAAUGUAGAAUAAUCGGCAACACCCCCGCGUGUUCAUGUCUACAAAACUACAUCGGCCGCCCUCCCAACUGUCGCCCAGAAUGUACCAUUAACUCCGAAUGCCCCAGUAAUCGCGCCUGCCAAAACGAGCGUUGCGUUGAUCCUUGUCCCGGGUCGUGUGGAGCUUUCGCGGACUGCGUCGUCAUAACUCACAGAUCAGUUUGUUCGUGUAAAACUGGCUACACCGGCGAUCCUUUCGCCGGCUGUAACCUCAUUCCUAUCCAACAACCCGUCGAAGAACCACGAAACCCUUGCAACCCUUCACCUUGCGGCGCUAACGCCGAAUGCAAAGAACGAAACGGUGCGGGUUCUUGCAGUUGCUUGCCUGAGUAUUUCGGAGAUCCUUAUAGUGGCUGCAGACCCGAAUGUGUUACCAAUUCGGACUGCCCUAGAGACAAAGCUUGCACGAAUAAUAAAUGUAGAGAUCCAUGUCCAGGAAUCUGUGGACUUAACGCAGAAUGUAGGGUUAGUAAUCACGCGCCGUCGUGCUUCUGUUUAACAGGAUACACAGGAAACCCGCAAGUUUCUUGUCAUCUUCCACCUCCUAAACCGGAACAACCAAGGGGUAACCCUUGCGUGCCUUCACCUUGUGGACCGUAUAGUAAUUGCAAAGUUGUAAACGAUCACGCGGUAUGCUCUUGUCAAACUAAUUAUAUCGGCGCUCCGCCUUCUUGUAAACCGGAGUGUAUGGUGAGCACUGACUGCCCGCAGAAUCGUGCUUGUAUAAACACCAAAUGUCAAGAUCCUUGUCCCGGUACCUGUGGAAUUAACGCGCGUUGUCAAAUUGUCAACCACAACCCGAUUUGUAGUUGUCCUACUAACUACAUCGGCGAUCCUUUCGUUAGGUGCAUUUUGCAAACGAAACCUGAACCACCUACACCUACUGGCAAUCCUUGCGUACCAUCUCCUUGUGGAUUAAACUCUCAAUGCAGAGUCAUCGGCAGCCAGGCUGCUUGUUCGUGUUUACCGAACUACAUCGGACGUUCUCCUAACUGUAGACCUGAGUGUACUAUCAAUGCUGAAUGUCCCGGAAAUUUAGCUUGUCAGAACGAGAAAUGUAAAGACCCUUGUCCGGGAUCCUGCGGUUCUAGCACAACGUGUACCGUCCUUAAACAUUCACCGGUUUGUGUUUGCGUGUCUGGAUACACUGGUGAUCCCUUCACCGGAUGCUCUCCCAUACCGCCUCCUGCUCCUGUCACUGAAAGACCCACCAACCCAUGUAACCCAUCACCUUGUGGUGCUAACGCUGUAUGUAAAGAAAGAAACGGAGCUGGAUCGUGUGCGUGCUUGCCCGAAUAUUUCGGCGACCCGUAUAGCGGCUGUCGACCAGAAUGUGUUACCAAUUCAGACUGCGAUCGCAGCAGAGCUUGUGUCAAUAACAAGUGUGUCGAUCCUUGUCCGGGUACCUGUGGAAUAAACGCAGAAUGCAGAGUAGUCAAUCAUGCUCCUUCCUGUUCUUGUAUACCUGGAUACACCGGAGAACCUCUACGAAUUUGUAACCUCGUACAACCUAUUGAAGAAGAACCUCCUCAGAACCCUUGCCAACCGUCACCCUGCGGUCCCUACAGUCAAUGUCGCGAAAUAAAUAACCACGCAGUUUGCUCCUGUCAACAAAACUACAUUGGAACGCCGCCCAUGUGUAGACCCGAAUGUAUCGUUAGUUCAGAAUGUCCGCAAGACAAAGCUUGUUCUAAUCAAAAGUGUUUGAAUCCUUGUCGAGCCGGAGCGACACCUUGCGGUCAGAACGCAGACUGUCGAGUCGUAAACCACAAUCCCAUCUGCAGCUGUAUACUUGGCUUUACUGGAGAUCCUUUCACUCGUUGCUCUAAAGUUGAACUACCUCCACCUCCAAGGAAUGACACAAACCCUUGCAUACCUUCACCGUGUGGACCAAAUUCACAAUGUAGAGUCAUUGGUACUCAACCUGCAUGUUCUUGUUUACAAAACUAUGUCGGCCGCCCACCGAACUGUAGGCCCGAGUGUAUUAACGAUUCCGAAUGUCCAAACUAUAAAUCUUGUAAAAACGAGCGAUGCGUAGAUCCAUGUCCGGGUACUUGCGGUACCAACGCACAGUGUACCGUUGUCAAUCACAGCCCGGUCUGCUCUUGCUUCUCAGGCUAUACUGGCGAUCCUUUCUUUUCUUGUACACUGCCAAUUUCACCAUCAACGGAAAGAACUCCGCCCACAACACCGUGCUUCCCAUCACCCUGCGGCCCGAACGCAGAAUGUCGCGAGAAAAACGGUGCGGGUGCUUGCAUCUGCCCUCCGGGAUACUUCGGCGACCCAUACGACAACACCAGAGGCUGCCACCGCGAAUGCGAAAUCAACACCGACUGCUCGCCGACCCUUGCCUGCGUCGCCUACAAAUGCGUCGACCCGUGCAUCGGAACCUGCGGAACGUACGCUGAAUGCCGCGUCAAAGACCACGUACCCACAUGCAACUGCCCCGCCGGUUUCACCGGCGACCCGUUCUUCCAGUGUAGAGAAGUCAUUCCAGAACCGCCGCGACGUCCCGAAAAUCCAUGUAUUCCUUCGCCUUGUGGACCAAACAGCCAAUGUAGGAACGUCAACGAUCAAGGAGUGUGUUCUUGUCUACCCAACUUCAUCGGAACCCCUCCGAGUUGCCGCCCCGAAUGUGUCGUCAGUUCAGAAUGCUCUUCAGAUAAGGCGUGCAUCAACCAGAAAUGUCGGGAUCCUUGUCCUAAUACGUGCGGUCUAGGCGCUCAAUGCAGUACUCGAAACCACAGCCCCAUUUGUGCUUGUCCUCCAGGAUUCACGGGAGAUCCGUUUGCGAAGUGCACACCACAAGUUAUAGUAACGGAACCGACGACUGAGAGACCUCCGUCGUGUUUCCCGUCACCUUGCGGACCCAACUCGCAAUGCGAAAUCCGAAACGGCCUACCCUCGUGUUCGUGUCUGCCGAAUUACACCGGCGCCCCACCGUCUUGUCGUCCAGAAUGUACCAUCAGUUCGGAAUGUAGCAGUACCUUGGCGUGCAUCAAUUUGAAAUGUCGCGAUCCCUGUCCGGGUUCGUGCGGUUCGAGUGCCAAGUGCCACGUUCUCAACCACAUACCCGUGUGUACUUGCGAGGAUGGUUACACCGGAAAUCCCUUCAUUCAGUGUACUUUGAAACCUCCAGUAACUGAGCCACCGGUGCCGAAAGAUCCAUGCAAUCCUUCACCGUGCGGUCCUAACGCACAGUGUAACAACGGUGUCUGCACUUGUCUGCCCGAGUUCAUUGGGAACCCUUACGAAUCCUGUCGACCUGAAUGCGUACUCAGCACCGAAUGUAGCAGAGAUAAAGCUUGCAUUAGGAACAAGUGUGUGGAUCCAUGCCCUGGCACUUGCGGUUCCAACGCUCGUUGCGACGUCAUCAACCACAUACCCACGUGCUCUUGUCCCGACGGGUACACCGGAGAUCCGUUCACGAAUUGUCGUGUAUCCGAAGCGAGACAGCCUACCGUCGUAGAUCCUUGCAACCCGUCACCUUGUGGCCCCAACAGCCAAUGCAAAAACACCAACGAUCACGCCGUGUGCUCGUGCAUCCAAGGGUACGUCGGAACGCCACCAUCUUGUAGACCAGAGUGCGUCGUUAGCGCGGAAUGUGCCGCAACUAAAGCCUGCGUCAAUCAGAAAUGCGUGGACCCGUGUCCCGGCUCGUGUGGCUUAGGAGCACGCUGCGAAGUUAUAAACCACAGUCCGAUAUGUAGCUGCCAGGAAGGCCAAACAGGAGAUCCGUUCCAAAGCUGCAGACCUAUUCCGCCUCCACCGCCGACGCCGCCACCACCAAGAACCGACCCUUGUUUGCCAACCCCGUGCGGACCAAACUCGAUUUGUCGUCGCGUAGGAGACACGCCGUCUUGUAGUUGCGCACAAGAUUACACCGGAAGCCCGCCGAACUGCAGACCUGAGUGCGUGAUCAACCCAGAUUGUCCCAGCAACCUGGCUUGCAUCAACAACAAGUGCAAAGAUCCAUGUCCCGGCAGUUGUGGGGUUAACACAGAAUGUCGGGUCAUCAGUCACACCGUUUCGUGUUCUUGCUCCCCCGGCUUUGUGGGGAAUCCGUUCGUGCAAUGUACCGUAAAACAAGAGGAGCCUGCGAACCCGUGCGAACCUUCGCCAUGCGGUUCUAACGCUAUUUGUACGGAAAGGAACGGAGCUGGUGCCUGUAAAUGCAUCGACGACUACCAAGGAAACCCAUACGAAGGAUGCAGACCGGAGUGCGUCUUGAGUUCGGACUGCCCAACGAACAAGGCUUGUAUUAGAAAUAAAUGUGGAGACCCUUGUCCAGGAGUAUGUGGCGAAUUUGCUGAAUGUUCUGUGAUCAAUCAUGUGCCUACUUGUACAUGCGUUAAAGACUAUAUUGGGGAUCCGUUUACCAGAUGUACGCCUCAACCACCUGUGACAGAACCGACCGUUUACGUCGACCCAUGUAACCCGAGUCCUUGCGGACCCAACUCCCAAUGUAGGAACGUAAAUGAUCAAGGUGUGUGUUCCUGUUUACCGGAAUACACCGGUUCUCCACCCAACUGUAAACCAGAAUGCGUGGUCAGUUCUGAAUGUCCCCAAAACCGAGCGUGCCAUAAAUUCAAAUGUGCCAAUCCUUGCACCGGAACUUGUGGUAUCGGUGCCAGGUGUGAAGUUAUCAAUCACAACCCUAUCUGUAGUUGUCCCUCUGGUUUAACCGGAGAUCCAUUCCUGAGAUGUUACGAAAUGGUAGUGACACCACCACCGCCUACCCCUGUACCAAGAGAUCCUUGCUUGCCUUCUCCUUGUGGACCAAACUCAGCCUGCAGAGCAGUAGGAGAUCAACCUUCUUGUUCUUGCUUGCCGAACUAUAUAGGAUCGCCACCCAGCUGCAGACCCGAAUGUGUGGUAAACACGGACUGUCCCUCUAACCAAGCUUGCAUUACCGAGAAGUGUAGAGACCCGUGCCCGGGUUCCUGCGGCUUCAACGCCGAAUGCAGAGUCCAGAACCACAUUCCCAUCUGUACGUGCGCCGCCAGAUUUGUCGGAGACCCAUUCACUCAAUGUACACCCGAAAUCAAACAAGAAGAACCUAAAGUACCGCUGGAUCCAUGCAAUCCGUCUCCUUGUGGUGCCAAUACUCAGUGCAGAGACGGCGUCUGCUCUUGUCUGCCAGAGUACCAAGGAGAUCCCUACCGCGGUUGCCGCCCCGAAUGUACAAUGAACACUGACUGUUCUCCGAACAAAGCUUGCAGUAACCUUCGUUGCAUAGACCCCUGCCCUGGAACAUGCGGACAAGGCGCCGUCUGCGACGUCGUCAACCACAUCCCCACCUGCAGCUGUCCUUCCGGCUACGAAGGCGACCCCUUCACCAGUUGCAGACCCGUCAAAAUAGAACCACCCCGCGACCCAUGCAGCCCAUCUCCUUGCGGCCCCAACAGCCUCUGUAGAGUGAAUAACGGCGUGGCUGUCUGCUCGUGCCAGCCCGGCUUGAUCGGAAACCCACCCAGUUGUCGUCCAGAAUGCAUCGUCAGCGCGGAGUGUCCUCUCACCAAAGCCUGUCUCAAUAACAAAUGCGUGGACCCGUGCCCAGGAACCUGUGGAAUCAACGCCAGGUGCCAGGUGGUCAAUCACAACCCUAUCUGCAGUUGUACGGAAGGCAUGUCCGGGGAUCCGUUCACCAGGUGCGCGCCGGUCGUAAUCCGCCAACCGGUCAGACCGUGCGAACCGAGUCCGUGCGGGCCGAAUUCCAUCUGUCAAGUUCGCGGCGAGAGUCCGGCGUGUACGUGUCUCGAAAACUACGUCGGAGCACCGCCGAACUGCCGGCCGGAGUGUACCAUCAACCCCGAGUGUUCGAGCGUUACGGCUUGUAUUAAUCAAAAGUGUCGCGAUCCGUGUCCGGGUAGCUGCGGACAAAACGCUGUCUGCAACGUGGUCAAUCACAGUCCGGUGUGCAAGUGCAAUCCAGGAUUCGAAGGAGAUCCGUUCGUGCGCUGCGUGCCGGUCGUCGUACCAGUUCAAAUCCCCUCGGAAGUGUUGACUCCUUGUUCACCAUCACCUUGUGGCGCAAACGCGAUCUGCAAAGAAAGAAACGGAGCAGGUUCAUGUACCUGUUUGGCGGAUUAUGUUGGCAACCCUUACGAAAGUUGUAGGCCCGAGUGUGUCCACAACUCAGACUGUCCCUCUAAUAAAGCGUGCACUAGAAACAAAUGUAUUGACCCUUGCCCUGGUACUUGUGGACAAAAUGCGAACUGCCAAGUCAUAAAUCAUUCCCCUUCGUGUACUUGUUUGCCUGGAUACACUGGCGAUCCUUUCAGGUUUUGCAACUUGCCACCAGUUGAACCCCCUAGGGACGUAGUUCCAGUCAACCCUUGCCAACCCAGUCCAUGUGGACCCAACAGUCAAUGUCGGGAAAUAAACGGACAAGCGGUUUGUUCUUGUUUACCCAAUUAUAUAGGAAGCCCCCCAGGAUGCAGACCCGAAUGUGUUGUUAGUUCCGAAUGUCCAUCAAACAAAGCGUGUAUCAAUCAAAAAUGUUCUGACCCUUGUCCCGGAACGUGUGGGCAAGCCACAAAUUGCCAAGUAAUCAAUCACAGUCCCAUUUGUACUUGCCGCCCAGCAUACACCGGUGACCCAUUCUCCAGAUGUUACCCCAUACCACCACCACCUCUGGAGCCCCAGCCGUUGCCGCAACCGAUAAACCCCUGCGUACCAUCACCGUGUGGACCUAACUCUCAAUGUCGCGAUAUCGGUGGCUCCCCUUCUUGUUCAUGUCUGUCCGAAUUUACCGGGAAUCCUCCGAACUGUAGACCAGAAUGUACCCAAAAUUACGAAUGCCCAAGCAAUUUAGCUUGCAUAAGGAACAAAUGUAAAGAUCCUUGUCCUGGAACCUGCGGCGUUGGAGCAAACUGCCUCAUAAAUAACCAUCUCGCUAUAUGUGUUUGUCCCGAAGGAUACACCGGUGAUCCUUUCAACAACUGUUAUCCCAAGCCACAAGAAAUAGAACCUGUAGUAGAAAAAGAUCCUUGCAAUCCUUCACCGUGUGGAUCUAAUGCUCGCUGCGAUAACGGCAUCUGUACUUGUCUACCGGAGUAUCAAGGUGAUCCGUAUAGAGGAUGUAGACCUGAAUGUAUUAUUAGUGACGACUGUUCUCGAGAUAAAGCUUGCCGUAGAAAUAAAUGUAUGGACCCUUGUCCAGGAACAUGUGGCCAAGGUGCUCUCUGUACCGUCACUAAUCACAUCCCAAUGUGUAGCUGUCCAGCUGGAUACACAGGCAACGCCUUCGUUGUUUGUAGCGUCCUAGAGACACCCCCUCCGAGAAACCCCUGCAGCCCGUCCCCAUGCGGCCCUAACAGCCAAUGCCGUGAAGUCAACACGCAAGCCGUGUGUUCGUGCGUCCCCGGAUACAUCGGUAGCCCCCCCACUUGUCGACCAGAAUGCAUAACAAGCUCGGAAUGCCCCCUGAUUCAAGCUUGCGUUAACCAAAAAUGUGUAGACCCAUGUCCUGGAACUUGCGGCCUCAGCGCCAAAUGUCAAGUCAUUAACCACAACCCCAUUUGCAGCUGUCCUCCGGACUACACCGGCGACCCUUUCACUAGAUGCUUCCCCAAACCCCAAGAAGAACCAGUUAAAAUUCCAACCGACCCAUGUCAGCCGUCACCUUGCGGCCCCAACUCUCAAUGUCGAGCAGUCGGCGACUCCCCCUCUUGCUCCUGUCUCCCCGAAUUUAGCGGCUCGCCGCCAAACUGCCGCCCCGAAUGCAUCACCAACAGUGAAUGUGCCUUUAACCUCGCCUGCAUCAACCGCAAAUGCGCGGACCCUUGCCGGGGCAUAUGCGGAUCAAACGCCGAAUGUCGUGUUGUCAAUCAUGCCCCCAACUGUGCUUGCGUACCAGGUUUCGAGGGUGACCCCUUCGUGCAAUGCAUACAGCGACGACCGCCGCCACCACCCGAGUCUGUCAAUCCAUGCGUUCCGUCACCGUGUGGUUCCAAUGCCGUGUGUAAGGAACGUAACGGUGCUGGAUCGUGUGUUUGUCUCCCGGAAUACCUCGGAAACCCGUACGAAGGCUGCCGACCAGAAUGCGUUCUGAGCUCAGACUGUCCCUCGAAUAAAGCCUGCGUGAGAAACAAAUGCGUGGAUCCGUGUCCCGGAACUUGUGGCCAGAAUGCCAACUGUCAGGUCAUUAAUCAUUCUCCAUCUUGUACUUGCAUCCCGGGGUACACCGGAGAUCCGUUUAGGUUCUGCAAUUUACUGCAACCCGAACCUGAGAGAGACGAAACUCCCAAAAAUCCGUGCCAGCCGAGUCCGUGUGGACCCAACAGUCAAUGCCGGGAAGUAAACGGACAAGCAGUUUGUUCGUGUCUUCCCAAUUACAUAGGUAGCCCUCCAGGAUGUAGGCCAGAAUGCGUGGUUAGCUCAGAGUGUGCUCAGACUAAGGCUUGCGUAAACCAGAAAUGUGUGGACCCGUGUCCUGGAACCUGCGGACUUAACGCGAAUUGUCAAGUGAUCAACCACAGUCCUAUUUGUAGUUGUAAAGCGAGCUUCACCGGUGAUCCUUUCACUAGAUGUCUACCUACUCCACCCCCUCCCAUUGAACCACCGAGACCUGUCGAAAUCAAUCCAUGCCUACCAAAUCCGUGCGGUCCUAAUUCACAGUGUCGUAACGUAGGCAGCACACCUUCUUGUUCCUGUUUACCAACAUAUAUAGGCACACCACCAAACUGUAGACCAGAAUGUACCAUUAACCCAGACUGUCCAAGUAACUUGGCUUGCAUUCGCGAAAAAUGUCGAGACCCUUGCCCAGGUUCUUGCGGAACCGGUGCCCAAUGUAGUGUCAUCAACCACACACCAAUAUGUAGUUGUCUCGAAGGCUACACAGGUGAUCCUUUCAGUUUCUGUCAACCGAAACCCCAAGAAAUCGAACCUGUGAAAACCGACCCUUGCAACCCCUCGCCUUGCGGACCGAACGCCCAGUGUAACAACGGCAUUUGUACUUGUUUGCCCGAAUAUCAGGGAGAUCCGUACAGAGGAUGCCGACCUGAGUGUGUCUUAAAUAACGAUUGUCCUAAGGAUAGGGCUUGCAUUAGAAAUAAAUGUAAAGAUCCGUGCCCAGGUACUUGUGGUCAAAACGCUGAAUGUUCCGUAAUGAACCACAUCCCCAUUUGUACUUGUCUGCAAGGUUACGUCGGAAACGCUUUCAUUCUUUGUUCACCGAUUCCAGUCGAUAAACCCAAAAACCCAUGCAGUCCUUCACCUUGUGGCCCCAACAGUCAAUGUAGAGAGAUAAACGGGCAAGCUGUAUGUUCGUGUGUUCCCGGUUACAUCGGAAGCCCACCAUCUUGUAGACCUGAGUGUAUUACAAGUUCCGAAUGCUCCCUCAACGAAGCUUGCGUCAACCAGAAAUGCAUAAACCCGUGUCCCGGAACUUGUGGUCUUAAUGCUAACUGUCAGGUCGUAAAUCAUAACCCUAUUUGUAGUUGUAUUCCAAGCUAUGAAGGCGAUCCUUUCGUUAGAUGUUUACCAAAACCUGAAGAUGAAGUACUUCCGGUACCUACAAACCCAUGCCAACCAUCACCCUGUGGUCCCAACGCUGAAUGUAGAGAAAUUAACGGAUCCCCGUCUUGUUCUUGUUUGCCCGAAUUCCAAGGAUCACCCCCUAACUGUAGACCAGAAUGCGUUAGUAACAGCGAAUGCGCUAGCAAUUUAGCUUGCAUUAAUAGAAAAUGUAAAGACCCUUGUCCUGGAAUUUGCGGUCUAAAUGCCGAGUGCCGCGUGGUGAGUCAUACUCCAAAUUGUGUCUGCGUAACAGGUUAUAUAGGUGACCCCUUCACUCAAUGUACCGUCCCGCCAACACCUGUUCAAGAAAAUUUGACACCUUGUAAUCCAUCCCCUUGUGGGGUGAACGCUGAGUGUAAGGAACGAAACGGUGCAGGCGCGUGUGUUUGCAUCCCCGAGUACAUCGGAAACCCUUACGAGGGUUGCAGACCAGAGUGUUCAGUUAAUUCUGAUUGUCCAUCGAACAAAGCUUGCAUACGAAAUAAAUGUCAAGACCCGUGCCCAGGCACUUGCGGCCAAAACGCUCAAUGUCAAGUAAUAAAUCAUUUACCUUCGUGCACUUGCAUACCAGGUUACACGGGAGAUCCAUUCAGAUAUUGCAACCUUCCACCUCCGGAACCCGUCGAAACUCCUAAGAACCCUUGUCAACCAUCACCCUGUGGUCCCAAUAGUCAAUGUCGUGAGACAAAUGGACAAGCAGUUUGCUCAUGCCUUCCCAAUUACGUUGGUAGCCCUCCAGGAUGUAGACCCGAAUGUGUCGUUAGCUCAGAGUGCCCCCUUACCAAAGCUUGCAUUAAUCAAAAAUGCGCUGACCCAUGCCCAGGAACGUGUGGACUAAACACAAACUGUCAAGUAAUCAAUCAUAGUCCUAUUUGCACUUGUCAACCUGGUAAUACGGGAGAUCCUCUAACCCGAUGUUACCCAAUUCCACCUCCACCUCCCGAAAUUCCAAAACCGGUUAUCAACCCUUGCGUACCUUCACCGUGUGGUCCCAACAGCCAGUGUCGUGACACCGGAGGCUCUCCAUCCUGUUCUUGCUUACCUAACUUUGUAGGAAGUCCACCAAAUUGUAGACCCGAAUGUACAAUCAACUCGGAAUGUGCCAGUAAUUUGGCUUGUAUUCGGGAGAAGUGUCGAGAUCCAUGUCCCGGCUCUUGCGGAGCGGGUGCUCAAUGUAGCGUUAUCAACCACACCCCGAUAUGUACAUGUACCGAUGGAUACACCGGCGAUCCUUUCAGCUACUGUCACCCACCACCUCCCAAACCCAUCGCAGACGAUCCUUGCGGUCUAGCAUCUUGUGGACCGAAUACUCAGUGCAACGACGGAAUAUGUACGUGUUUGGCGGAAUAUCAGGGAGACCCUUACAGGGGAUGCAGACCUGAAUGUGUACUCAGCUCGGAUUGUCCUCGAGACAAAACUUGCAUCCGGAAUAAAUGUAAAGACCCGUGUCCCGGUACUUGUGGUCAAAAUGCUGAGUGCAGCGUUUUGAACCACAUACCGACAUGUACCUGUAUUCAAGGCUAUAUCGGAAACGCUUUCAUUCUUUGCUCUCCCAUACCCGAGGAAGUUAAGAAAAACCCAUGUAAUCCAUCUCCUUGUGGUCCCAAUAGUCAGUGCAGGGAAAUUAAUGGCCAAGCAGUUUGUUCAUGCGUUCCCGGUUUCAUAGGUAGCCCCCCAACGUGCAGACCGGAAUGUGUGACCAGUGCGGAAUGUUCGUUAAACCAAGCGUGUGUCAACCAAAAAUGUAUCGACCCUUGUCCUGGAACUUGCGGCUUGAACGCUAAAUGUCAAGUCGUCAACCACAACCCCAUUUGCAGUUGCCCACCUAAAUAUUCUGGAGAUCCGUUUAUUAGAUGUCUGCCAAUUCCGGAAGACGUGCCUCCCCCUGUACCACUAAACCCGUGUCAACCAUCUCCUUGCGGCCCCAAUUCUCAAUGUAAAGUGUCGGGAGAAUCACCCUCUUGUUCCUGCUUACCGGAAUUCAAAGGCUCACCACCCAACUGUCGUCCAGAAUGUAUCAGCAACAGCGAAUGUGGUGACAAUUUGGCUUGUAUUAACCAAAAGUGUAAGGAUCCGUGCCCCGGUACAUGUGGAUCUAACGCCGAAUGUCGCGUUGUCAGCCACACUCCGAACUGUAUUUGUCCACCAGAAUACAUCGGCGAUCCUUUCUCUUAUUGUACCCCCAGACCACCGAUUCUUCCUUCCGAACAUCUCUCGCCUUGUUCGCCAUCUCCGUGCGGAGCUAACGCUCAAUGCAGGGAACAAAAUGGAGCCGGUGCUUGUGUUUGCUUACCAGAUUACAUAGGAAACCCCUACGAAGGAUGUAGACCCGAAUGUGUUCUCAAUUCUGAUUGUCCAUACAACAAAGCUUGCAUCAGAAAUAAGUGUAUUGAUCCUUGCCCAGGAACUUGCGGACAAAACGCCCAAUGUCAAGUCGUCAAUCACUUGCCUUUGUGUACUUGUAAUCCAGGAUACACAGGCGAUCCUUUCAGAUUCUGCAACUUACCACCUCCUGAACCUAUUUUGGAAGAACCCAAGAACCCGUGUCAACCCAGCCCGUGCGGCCCCAACAGCCAGUGUCGUGAAGUUAACCAACAGGCUGUUUGUUCUUGUUUGCCCAAUUAUGUCGGUAGUCCCCCGGGUUGUAGACCAGAGUGCGUGGUGAGCUCCGAAUGUGCCCAGAACAAAGCUUGCUCGAACCAAAAAUGUAUCGAUCCUUGCCCGGGAACCUGCGGUCUUAACGCUAACUGUCAAGUGAUCAACCACAGUCCUAUUUGUAGUUGUCAAUCGGGAAAUACCGGUGAUCCCUUCAGCCGUUGCUACCCCAUUCCUCCACCACCACCGACACCGCUUCCACCUCUGAUUACAAACCCUUGUGAACCAUCACCUUGUGGACCCAACAGUCAAUGUAGGAAUAUUAACGGAAACCCUUCAUGUUCGUGUUUGCCCAACUAUAUUGGAACCCCACCCAGUUGUCGACCUGAAUGUAGCAUAAACUCAGAAUGUCCCAGCAACUUAGCUUGUAUCAGAGAAAAGUGUAGAGACCCAUGUCCGGGAUCUUGUGGCGCUGGAGCUCAAUGUAGCGUCAUAAACCACACUCCGACUUGUACUUGUCCUGAAGGUUACACAGGAGAUCCAUUUACGUACUGCCAACCCAAACCACCAGCACCACCUAAACCAGUCGAAGACGAUCCUUGUAAUCCGUCACCUUGUGGCUCCAAUGCGCAAUGCAAUAACGGCAUCUGCACUUGUUUGCCAGAGUAUCAAGGAGAUCCCUAUCGAGGUUGUAGGCCCGAAUGUGUUCUAAGUUCCGACUGCCCCCGAGAUAAAGCUUGCGUUAGAAACAAAUGUAUCGAUCCAUGCCCUGGCACGUGCGGCCAAAACGCCGAAUGUUCAGUCGUGAAUCACAUUCCAAUAUGCACGUGUCUACCUGGUUACACUGGAAGUGCUUUCGUCAUUUGUAGACCCGUCGAAAAACCUCCUGUUCAAAACCCUUGCAAUCCUUCACCCUGUGGCCCCAAUAGUCAAUGUAGAGAAAUAAACCAACAAGCUGUUUGUUCGUGCGUCCCGGGUUACAUCGGAAGUCCACCCACUUGUAGACCCGAAUGCGUCACGAGCACAGAAUGUUCUCUAAACGAAGCCUGCGUGAACCAAAAAUGUAUAGACCCAUGUCCUGGUACUUGCGGAGUGGGCGCCAGAUGCCAAGUUGUCAAUCACAACCCAAUUUGCUCUUGCCCGACCCAAUACACCGGUGAUCCGUUUAUAAGAUGUCUCCCGAUUCCCCCCGAACCCGUUGUAACAACCACAAACCCGUGCCAACCUUCACCUUGCGGUGCCAACUCCCAAUGCAAAGACAUCAACGGAGGACCGUCUUGUUCAUGUUUACCGGAAUUCGUCGGGUCGCCACCCAACUGUAAACCGGAAUGCGUCAGCAACAGCGAGUGCCCCACUCACUUAGCUUGCAUUAACCAGAAAUGCAAAGACCCUUGUCCCGGUACUUGUGGCCGAAACGCCGAAUGUAGAGUCGUGAGUCACACUCCCAACUGCAUCUGCUUGCCUGGAUACACCGGAAACCCAUUCGGUCAGUGCGAACUGCCGCCACCCAUACAAGAGACAAUCUCUCCGUGUUCGCCGUCUCCAUGCGGUGCAAACGCUCAAUGCCGAGAACAAAAUCGAGCAGGAUCUUGCGUUUGUCUCCCUGAUUAUAUCGGAAAUCCUUACGAGGGUUGUAGGCCAGAAUGUGUCCUGAAUUCCGACUGUCCUUCGAAUAAAGCUUGCGUUAACAGCAAAUGUAAAGACCCUUGUCCUGGAACUUGUGGGCCUAAUGCCAAUUGUCAAGUUGUGAACCACAUUCCGACUUGUACUUGUGUGCCCGGCUAUACUGGCGAUCCGUUUAGAUACUGUAAUCCUGUUCCAGUCACACCGACGUUAGAAGAACCUGUUAAUCCUUGCCAACCGUCACCGUGUGGACCCAACAGCCAAUGUCGCGAAGUCAAUAAUCAAGCUGUGUGCUCUUGUUUGCCUAAUUACGUCGGAAGUCCACCAGGGUGUAGACCUGAGUGUGUCGUUAGUACAGAAUGUCAACUAACUAAGGCUUGCGUUAAUCAAAAAUGUGUUGACCCUUGUCCUGGAACUUGUGGUUUGAAUGCCAAGUGUCAAGUUGUUAAUCAUAGUCCAAUUUGCAGUUGUCAGUCGGCUUACACUGGUGACCCAUUCACCAGAUGUUUCCCUAUACCACCCCCACAAGACGUUCCAACAGUGCCGGUUCCAAUAAACCCAUGCGUACCAUCACCUUGUGGUCCUAACAGUCAAUGUAGAGAUCUCAGAGGAUACCCGUCGUGUUCUUGUUUACCCAAUUUCAUAGGAUCUCCCCCGAAUUGCAGACCUGAGUGUUCGAUUAAUUCAGAGUGUAGUAGCAACCUGGCGUGCAUCAGCCAGAAAUGUAGAGACCCGUGUCCAGGAUCCUGCGGAGCAGGUGCUCAAUGUAGUGUCAUCAACCACACUCCCAUUUGUACCUGUCCAGAUGGCUACACAGGCGAUCCAUUCAAUAACUGCUUCCCUAAACCUCCACCACCUCCAGAACCUGUGGUAACAGAUCCUUGCAACCCGUCCCCUUGUGGUUCCAACGCUCAAUGCAACAACGGCAUAUGCACCUGCUUACCCGAAUACCAAGGAGAUCCUUACAGAGGUUGUAGACCAGAAUGUGUACUAAGCAGCGAUUGUCCAAGAGACAAAGCUUGCGUCAGAAAUAAAUGUGUAGAUCCUUGUCCUGGAACCUGUGGACAAAACGCGGAGUGCAACAUCUACAACCACAUUCCCAUCUGUACUUGUAUUCAAGGCUACACCGGAAACGCUUUCGUUUUGUGUACGCAAGUGGUCACUCCAGUACCGCGCAAUCCGUGCAGUCCUUCACCUUGUGGCCCCAACAGUCAGUGUAGAGAGAUUAAUGGACAAGCCGUGUGUUCGUGUCUUGCCGGGUAUAGUGGAAGUCCCCCCACUUGCAGACCUGAGUGUAUUUCCAGCCCCGAAUGUCCACUCAACCAAGCUUGCGUCAACCAAAAAUGCAUAGACCCUUGUCCUGGAACUUGUGGAAUUGGCGCCAAAUGUCAAGUAGUUAAUCACAAUCCGAUUUGUAGUUGUCCGCCGAGGUACACGGGAGAUCCGUUUGUCAGAUGUAACGUGAUACCGCUGGAAGAACCAGUGGUUGUACCUACAAACCCCUGCCAGCCUAGCCCUUGCGGUCCUAAUUCACAAUGUAGAGAAACCAAUGGAUCGCCGUCUUGUUCUUGCUUGCCCGAAUUCAUCGGUAGUCCACCUAACUGUAGACCGGAAUGCUCGAGUAAUAGCGAAUGUGCCAAUCACUUGGCUUGCAUAAACAACAAGUGUAAAGAUCCUUGUCCUGGAACUUGCGGCGCUAGUGCCGAGUGUCGAGUAAUCAGUCACACUCCCAACUGUGUUUGCUUAGCUGGCCACACCGGCGAUCCUUUCGUCCAAUGUACCCUUUACCAGCCACCGCCCGCAGCUGCAAUAGUUUCUCCAUGUCAACCAUCACCUUGUGGAGCAAAUGCCCAAUGCAGAGUCCAAAAGAACGCCGGUGCUUGCAUUUGCUUACCCGAGUAUAUAGGCAACCCGUACGAAGGUUGCAGACCUGAAUGUGUCCUCAGCUCCGAUUGUCCAUCGAACAAAGCUUGCAUCAGGAAUAAGUGUUUAGAUCCUUGCCCUGGAACGUGCGGCCAAAACGCCAACUGUCAAGUAAUAAACCAUUCACCCUCAUGUACUUGUAUCCCAGGGUACACAGGUGAUCCGUUCAGAUAUUGCAACCUGCCAGCCCCACAACCGGUCGAAGACGAAACUCCUAAAAAUCCUUGCCAACCUAGUCCAUGCGGACCUAAUAGUCAAUGUCGCGAAGUGAAUGGACAAGCCGUGUGCUCUUGCUUACCCAACUACAGUGGCAGCCCUCCGGGAUGUAGACCCGAGUGUGUCGUAAGCUCCGAGUGCCCUCAAAACAAGGCUUGUCUUAACCAAAAAUGCGUCGACCCUUGCCCAGGCACUUGCGGCCUAAAUGCCAAAUGUCAAGUUAUCAAUCAUAGUCCAAUUUGUAGUUGCACAUCGGGUUACACCGGAGAUCCUUUCACCAGAUGUUACCCAAUACCGCCCCCACCUCCCGUAACGUUCGACGAACCAAAACCGGACCCAUGCAUACCAUCUCCAUGCGGUGCUAACAGUCAGUGCAGAAACAUUGGUGGUUCCCCGUCAUGUUCUUGUUUACCCAACUACGUCGGAAGCCCCCCGAACUGCAAACCUGAAUGUACCAUCAAUCCCGAGUGCCCCAGCAAUCUGGCUUGUAUUCGCGAAAAAUGUAGAGACCCAUGCCCUGGAUCAUGUGGAUCGGGAGCACAAUGUAGCGUUAUCAACCACACACCCAUUUGUACUUGUCCAGACGGCUACACCGGAGACCCAUUCAACUACUGUCAACCCAAACCGCAAGAAAUCGAACCGGUACCUACAGACCCGUGCAACCCAUCUCCAUGUGGAUCCAACGCACGAUGCGACAAUGGAGUUUGUUCUUGUUUACCUGAAUAUCAAGGAGACCCGUAUCGGGGAUGUCGUCCCGAGUGUGUUUUGAGUAAUGACUGUCCUAGAGACAAAGCCUGCAUAAGGAAUAAGUGCCAAGACCCUUGCCCUGGUACUUGUGGACAAAACGCAGAGUGCUCUGUAGUUAACCACAUCCCGAUCUGUACUUGUCUUCAAGGCUACAGCGGCAACGCCUUCGUUUUAUGUAAUCCCAUCCCAGCGCCCGUUAUCACAAAUCCAUGUAACCCAUCUCCAUGUGGACCCAACAGUCAGUGUAGAGCCGUAAACGGCCAGUCCGUGUGCUCUUGCGUGCCCGGUUUUAGAGGAAGCCCACCAGCUUGCAGACCUGAGUGCGUCACAAGCGCCGAAUGUCCCCUUAAUGAGGCCUGCGUCAACCAAAAAUGCACAGAUCCUUGUCCCGGAACAUGUGGGCUUAAUGCCAGGUGUCAAGUUGUAAACCAUAACCCGAUUUGUAGCUGUCCGCCUGAAUACACAGGCGAUCCGUUCUUGCGUUGUUUGCCCAAGCCGCAAGAAGAACCCGUUGUUAUAAACCCUUGCCAACCAUCUCCGUGUGGUCCCAACGCACAAUGCAAGGAGACCAACGGGGCACCCUCGUGUUCUUGUUUACCAGAAUUUAUAGGAUCUCCCCCGAACUGCCGACCCGAAUGUGUUAGUAACAGCGAAUGUGCUAAUCAUUUAGCUUGCAUCAACCAAAAAUGUAAAGAUCCUUGCCCUGGAAUAUGCGGAAAUAACGCUGAAUGUCGCGUUGUAAGUCACACACCUAACUGUGUUUGCAUAUCUGGGUUCGUUGGAAAUCCUUUCGUGCAGUGUCUUGCCCAAAUACCCGCCGCACCUAGCGAAAUAAUAACUCCAUGUUCGCCAUCUCCAUGUGGCGCCAACGCACAAUGCCGGGAACAAAAUAAUGCCGGGGCAUGUAUUUGCUUGCCCGAUUAUAUCGGAAACCCUUACGAAGGUUGUCGACCCGAAUGUGUCCUCAAUUCUGAUUGUCCUUCUCAUAAGGCUUGCGUGAACAGUAAAUGUGUUGACCCGUGCCCAGGAACGUGUGGCCAAAAUGCCCAAUGUCAAGUCAUUAAUCACUUACCAUCUUGUACUUGCAUCCCAGGUUAUACCGGAGACCCGUUCAGAUAUUGCAAUUUGCCACCACCGCAACCCGUUGAAGAAGAACCACCCAAAAACCCAUGUCAACCCAGCCCUUGCGGUCCCAACAGCCAAUGUCGUGAAGUUAACCAACAAGCAGUCUGUUCUUGUUUGCCCAACUAUGUCGGUAGUCCCCCGGGUUGUAGACCAGAAUGUGUGGUCAGCUCCGAAUGUGCCCAAAAUAAAGCCUGCGUUAAUCAGAAAUGUACUGAUCCAUGUCCGGGAACGUGUGGCCUUAACGCCAACUGUCAGGUCAUAAACCACAGUCCCAUUUGUAGUUGUCAAUCAAGCUUCACCGGCGAUCCGUUCAGUCGAUGCUUCCCUAUUCCACCACCACCUCCGAUAACUGAAGUCGUACCAGUACGAAACCCGUGUGUACCGUCACCCUGUGGACCAAACUCUGAAUGCAGAGACAUCGGAGGCAACCCAUCUUGCUCUUGUUUACCCACUUUUGUAGGCAGUCCACCAAAUUGCAAACCCGAAUGUACCAUAAAUCCCGAAUGCCCCAGUAAUUUAGCUUGUAUCCGAGAAAAAUGUAGAGAUCCUUGCCCCGGGUCUUGUGGCGCUGGUGCCCAAUGUAGUGUUAUAAAUCACACCCCGAUUUGCUCCUGCCCGGAUGGAUACACCGGAGAUCCUUUCUCUUAUUGUCAAGUGAGACCACAAGUGCUUGAAUUACCCCCGCCAGAUCCAUGCAACCCAUCUCCAUGUGGAGCUAACGCUCGUUGUGACAACGGACAGUGUACUUGUUUGCCAGAGUAUCAAGGUGACCCUUACAGAGGCUGUAGGCCAGAAUGUGUUCUAAACAGCGACUGUUCACGAGACCGAGCUUGCAUACGCAAUAAAUGUACAGAUCCAUGCCCUGGAACGUGUGGUGAAAACGCCGAGUGUUCGGUGAUCAACCACAUACCAAUUUGUUCUUGUAUCACAGGAUACAUAGGAAAUGCCUUUAUCCGUUGCUCCCCUAUUCCGCCACCUGCUGUAACGAACCCAUGCGCACCAUCACCUUGCGGACCUAACAGUCAGUGUAGAGCAAUAAAUGACCAAGCAGUUUGUUCAUGCGUACCUGGUUACAUCGGAAGUCCUCCCACUUGCCGACCUGAAUGUGUCACGAGUUCCGAGUGUUCUCUAGAUAAGUCAUGCGUUAAUCAAAAGUGCAUAGAUCCCUGCCCUGGAACCUGCGGUCUUAACGCCCUCUGCCAAGUCGUCAAUCAUAACCCGAUAUGUAGCUGCCGAUCCGGACUAACCGGAGAUCCGUUCACCAGAUGCGCCCCAAUUGUUGUGCCCCAGGAGGAGGAACCACAAAACCCUUGUACACCUUCACCCUGCGGACCCAAUUCUCAGUGCAAAGAAAUUAACGGUUCGCCGUCUUGCUCUUGUUUACCCGAAUUUACAGGAUCGCCUCCAAACUGUAGACCCGAAUGCGUCAGUAACAGCGAAUGUCCAAACCACUUAGCUUGUACGAAUCAAAAAUGUAGAGAUCCUUGCCCAGGUUUAUGCGGAUCGAACGCAGAGUGCCGUGUUAUAAGCCACACCCCAAAUUGCGUGUGCUUACCCGGUUACGUCGGCGACCCAUUUUCACGCUGUAAUUUACCCACACCUUCGCCCGUCGAAAAUAUCUUGCCUUGUUCUCCGUCACCCUGUGGUGCUAAUGCCGUUUGUAAAGAACGCAAUGGAGCCGGGUCGUGUACUUGCUUGCCCGAUUACAUUGGCAACCCUUACGAGGGCUGCAGACCCGAGUGCGUUUUGAACACCGACUGUCCCUCCAACAAAGCCUGCGUCAGAAAUAAAUGUACUGACCCCUGCCCUGGAACUUGCGGCCAAAACGCGGAGUGUCACGUUGUUAACCACUUGCCCCAGUGCACGUGCAUCCCAGGAUAUACCGGAGACCCGUUCCGGUAUUGCAACAUACCUCCAGAACCCCCUAAACAAGAAGAACCGACAAACCCGUGUCAGCCGAGCCCUUGCGGACCCAACAGCCAAUGUCGCGAAGUCAACAAACAAGCGGUUUGUUCGUGCCUGCCCGAAUACAUGGGAUCUCCGCCGAACUGCAGACCCGAAUGCGUGGUCAGUUCGGAAUGCCCACUUACGAAAGCCUGCGUAAACCAAAAGUGUGUGGACCCUUGCCCCGGUACUUGCGGCCUUAAUGCCAGAUGCGAAGUGAUCAACCAUAGCCCGAUCUGUAGCUGCCAGUCGGGUUACACCGGCGACCCGUUCACUAGAUGUUUCCCCAUUCCACCACCACCAGUAGAACCUGAACGGCCUGUAGUUACCGACCCUUGCGUGCCAUCACCUUGUGGCGCGAACAGUCAAUGCCGAAAUAUAGGUGGUUCGCCAUCAUGCUCUUGUCUCCCAGAAUUUACAGGAAGCCCACCCAACUGUCGCCCAGAAUGUACCAUUAAUCCCGAAUGCUCCAGCAAUUUGGCUUGUAUAAGACAAAAAUGUAGAGACCCAUGCCCCGGUUCUUGCGGCUCAGGAGCUCAAUGCAGCGUCAUAAACCACACACCCAUUUGCACGUGUCCUGAAGGAUACACAGGAGACCCGUUCACGUACUGCCAACCCAAACCGCAAGAAAUCGAACCUGUUAAAACCGACCCAUGCAACCCAUCACCUUGUGGACCCAAUGCUCGUUGUGAUAACGGCGCGUGUACAUGUUUGCCCGAAUACCAAGGAGAUCCUUACCGAGGGUGCAGACCAGAAUGCGUCCUCAGCACUGAUUGCCCUAGAGACAAAGCUUGUAUAAGAAAUAAAUGCCAAGAUCCUUGCCCUGGCACUUGUGGCCAAAAUGCCGAAUGUGCCGUUAUAAAUCAUAUCCCGACAUGUACGUGCAUACAAGGUUAUUCCGGAAAUGCUUUCGUUUUGUGUUCACCAAUUCCAGCACCGGUCCCUGUUAAUCCUUGCAGUCCUUCACCGUGUGGACCUAACAGCCAAUGCCGCGAAGUGAACGGUCAAGCCGUUUGCUCUUGCGUCCCUGGAUUCAUAGGAACUCCACCAACUUGUCGACCCGAAUGUGUUACUAGUUCAGAGUGUUCCCUUAAUCAAGCUUGUAUUAACCAAAAAUGUAUCGAUCCUUGUCCCGGAACUUGCGGAAUUGGAGCUGUUUGCCAGGUGGUUAGUCACAACCCUAUUUGUAGCUGCCCUCCAAGACACACAGGAGAUCCUUUCACGAGAUGUUCACCAAUCAGAGAAGAGCCACCCGUUGUUCCAACAAACCCUUGUCAGCCCACACCUUGUGGUGCCAACAGCCAGUGCAGAGACGUCGGUGGUUCUCCAUCAUGCUCUUGCCUCCCUGAAUUCAUAGGAAGCCCACCCAACUGUCGCCCUGAAUGCGUCAGUAACAGCGAAUGCGCCAAUCACUUGGCUUGCAUCAAUCAAAAGUGUAAAGACCCCUGUCCUGGAACUUGUGGCCAAAACGCAGAAUGCAGAGUCGUGAGUCACUCACCCAACUGUGUUUGCAUUUCUGGUUAUGUAGGAAACCCGUUCACAUCAUGUUCACCUCAAAUGACUCCGCCGAUUGUCGAAAGACCCACCCCUUGCUUGCCUUCCCCGUGCGGCGUCAACGCCAUCUGUCGCGAACAAAACGGCGCAGGAGCUUGCAUUUGUCAACCCGAACACGUCGGAAACCCUUACGAAGGCUGCAGACCCGAGUGUGUUCUCAACUCUGACUGUCCAUCAAACAAAGCUUGCGUGAACCAAAAAUGUAAAGACCCGUGCCCGGGAACAUGUGGUCAAAACGCCCAGUGUCAAGUUAUCAAUCAUUUACCGUCCUGUACUUGCAUACCUGGUUACACCGGAGAUCCGUUCAGAUUCUGCAAUUUACCACAACAACCUGUAAUUGAAGAAACGCCCACGAACCCUUGCCAACCUAGUCCUUGUGGCCCCAACAGUCAGUGCCGUGAGGUUAACAGUCAAGCGGUGUGCUCUUGUUUGCCAAAUUACGUAGGAAGUCCUCCAGGAUGCAGACCUGAGUGCGUGGUUAGCUCGGAAUGUGCGCAAACUAAAGCUUGCGUUAACCAAAAAUGCGUCGACCCUUGUCCUGGUACUUGCGGUUUGAACGCUAAAUGCCAGGUUAUCAAUCACAGUCCCAUAUGUAGUUGUCAGUCGAGCUAUACCGGUGAUCCAUUCACUAGAUGUUAUCCGAUACCACCGCCUCCAGUUGAACCUCAACCCGUACCAAGUAAUCCGUGUGUGCCCUCACCAUGCGGCCCCAACAGUCAAUGCAGAGAUAUAGGCGGUGCACCAUCAUGUUCUUGCCUCAAUAAUUAUAUAGGAAAUCCACCGAACUGUCGUCCGGAAUGUAGCAUCAAUUCAGAAUGCUCGAGUAACUUGGCUUGUAUUAGAGAGAAAUGUAGAGACCCGUGUCCGGGAUCUUGCGGUGCGAACGCACGAUGUGAAGUUAUCAAUCAUACUCCGACUUGUACAUGUCCGGAAGGAUUUACGGGAGAUCCGUUCACUAAUUGUUAUCCAAAACCACCAGAAGAACCCCCUGCUCCGAAAGACCCAUGCAACCCGUCUCCAUGUGGUGCUAACGCUCAGUGCGACAACGGUAUAUGCACGUGCCUACCCGAAUAUCAAGGAGAUCCAUACAGAGGGUGUAGACCUGAGUGCGUACUCAAUAACGAUUGCCCCAGAGACAAAGCUUGCAUCAGAAGCAAGUGUAAAGACCCCUGUCCCGGAACUUGCGGCCAAAACGCCGAAUGUAGCGUUAUUAAUCACAUCCCGACCUGUACUUGCAUACAAGGAUACAUCGGAAACGCUUUUGUCCUCUGCUCUCCUAUACCAUCGGAAACACCUAAGAACCCGUGCAGUCCAUCUCCGUGCGGCCCCAACAGCCAGUGUAGAGAAAUCAACAACCAAGCUGUCUGUUCGUGCGUACCAGGUUUCAUUGGCAGCCCACCAACUUGUCGCCCUGAAUGUAUCUCAAGCCCAGAAUGUUCCCUCAAUGAGGCUUGCGUAAACCAGAAAUGUAUAGACCCUUGUCCUGGAACCUGCGGCAUAAACGCUAGAUGUCAAGUAGUCAACCACAACCCGAUUUGUAGUUGUCCGCAAGGCCAAACCGGUGACCCGUUCACGAGAUGCUCCAUCAUUAUCGAAGAACCUCCAGUGGUUCCCGCAAACCCGUGCCAACCUUCACCCUGCGGCGCUAACGCUCAGUGCAGAGAAGUAGGCGGUGCUCCGUCCUGCUCCUGCUUGCCUGAAUUUAUUGGAACUCCACCUAACUGCAGACCCGAGUGUGUCAGUAACAGCGAAUGUGCGAACAACUUGGCCUGCAUUAACCAAAAAUGUAAAGACCCGUGCCCCGGAAGCUGCGGAGCUAACGCCGAAUGCCGAGUUAUCAGUCACACUCCCAACUGCGUAUGCGUACCAGGUUACGAAGGAAAUCCUUUCGUGCAAUGCCUACAGAGAGUAGUCCCUCCGGUGGAAACCAGACCGACGCCUUGUGUCCCUUCACCUUGUGGUACUAAUGCGGUGUGUAGAGAACAAAACGGAGCCGGAGCCUGCUCGUGUCUUCCUGAAUACGUUGGUAACCCGUAUGAGGGUUGUCGCCCAGAAUGUACUCUCAAUUCUGACUGUCCUUCAAACAAAGCCUGUAUCAAGAACAAGUGUUUGGAUCCUUGUCCAGGAACUUGCGGUCUAAAUGCAGACUGUCAAGUGAUUAAUCAUUUGCCAUCGUGUACUUGCAGAACAGGAUACACCGGCGAUCCAUUCCGUUAUUGCAACGUAGCGCCUCAACCCACAAUCGAAGAAGAACCUAAGAAUCCAUGCCAACCUAGCCCUUGUGGUCCUAACAGUCAAUGCCGCGAAGUAAACGGACAAGCUGUUUGUUCGUGCCUUCCUAACUAUUCCGGAAGUCCCCCUGGAUGCAGACCUGAGUGUGUCGUGAGCUCCGAAUGCCCCCAAAAUAAAGCUUGCGUGAAUCAAAAGUGUGUUGACCCUUGCCCAGGCACGUGCGGCCUUAACGCUGGAUGCCAAGUGAUAAACCACAGUCCCAUAUGUAGUUGCCAGUCGGGUUACACCGGAGAUCCGUUUACCAGAUGCUUCCCUCUACCACCUCCCCCUGUAGAACCUACGAAGCCGACCGUCUUUAAUCCUUGCGUGCCCAGUCCGUGCGGUCCCAAUUCUCAGUGUAGAGACGUGGGAGGCGUACCAUCCUGUUCUUGUUUAAAUAACUUUGUAGGAAGUCCACCCAACUGUAGACCAGAGUGUACCAUUAACCCAGAGUGUUCGAGCAACUUGGCUUGCAUACGCGAAAAAUGUAGAGAUCCCUGUCCCGGUUCUUGCGGAUCUGGUGCUCAAUGCAGUGUUAUCAAUCACACUCCAAUCUGUACAUGCCCCGAAGGUUACACAGGUGAUCCGUUUAAUUAUUGCCAACCAAAACCACCAGAAGUUGAACCCACUAAAACCGACCCAUGCAAUCCUUCUCCUUGCGGCGCAAACGCCCAAUGCAACAACGGAAUAUGCACCUGUUUACCAGAAUACCAAGGAGACCCUUACAGAGGUUGCAGACCCGAGUGUGUCUUAAACAGCGACUGCCCGAGAGACAAAGCAUGUAUAAGAAAUAAAUGCACAGAUCCUUGUCCGGGCACUUGUGGCCAAAACGCAGAAUGUGCUGUCAUAAAUCACAUCCCUACUUGCUCUUGUAUUCAGGGUUAUAUAGGAAAUGCAUUCGUACUGUGCACACGCAUCCCAGAACCCGAAUCGAAGAACCCUUGCAGUCCGUCACCCUGCGGACCUAACAGUCAGUGCAGAGAAAUCAACGGCCAAGCUGUCUGUUCGUGUGUUGUUGGCUACAUCGGUAGUCCCCCUACUUGCAGACCCGAAUGUAUCACAAGUUCCGAAUGUUCCCUGAACGAGGCGUGCGUUAAUCAAAAAUGUAUCGAUCCCUGCCCCGGAACGUGCGGAUUGAACGCUAGAUGUCAAGUUGUAAAUCACAAUCCGAUAUGCAGUUGUCCACCCAAAUACACCGGAGAUCCUUUCACGCGGUGUUCCCCGAUUAAAGAAGAACCACCAGUCGUUCCCACAAACCCGUGCCAACCAUCACCUUGCGGCCCCAACUCGCAGUGUAAAGACAUCAACGGAUCACCGUCAUGUUCUUGUUUACCUGAAUUUAUCGGGACACCACCCAGCUGCAGACCCGAGUGCGUCAGUAACAGCGAAUGUUCCAACUCUUUGGCGUGCAUCAACAACAAAUGUAAAGACCCAUGUCCUGGAAUUUGCGGCCAAAACGCCGAAUGUCGGGUCGUCAGUCACACGCCCAACUGUGUUUGCAUUCAAGGCUACGUCGGAAACCCGUUCAGCAGUUGUCAACCGUAUGAAACCCCUAAACCCGCGACUCCGUCCAAUCCUUGCUUCCCUUCACCGUGUGGCGCUAACGCUAUUUGUCAACAGCGAAACGACGCCGGCUCUUGCACCUGUAUUCCAGAUUACAUCGGUAACCCCUACGAAGGUUGCAGGCCUGAAUGUGUGUUGAGCACGGAUUGUCCUUCCAAUAAAGCUUGCAUCCGAAACAAAUGUAUGGACCCUUGCCCCGGCACUUGCGGCCAAAACGCAGAAUGUCAAGUUAUCAACCACUUGGCCUCUUGUACUUGUAUCCCAGGUUACACCGGCGAUCCUUUCAGAUUUUGCAACGUAAUUCCACCAACUGAAACUGUGAAACAACCGACGAACCCGUGUCAGCCAAACCCUUGCGGCCCCAACAGUCAAUGCCGCGAAGUUAAUGAACAAGCGGUUUGUUCUUGUUUACCAAAUUACAUAGGAAGUCCACCUGGGUGCCGACCUGAGUGUGUCGUUAGUUCCGAGUGUGCCUUAACCAAAGCUUGUUCGAACCAGAAAUGUGUUGACCCUUGUCCCGGAACUUGCGGAGUAAACGCUAGAUGUGAAGUUAUUAACCACAGUCCCAUUUGUAGCUGCCAGUCAGGUCACACCGGCGAUCCUUUCACUAGAUGUUACCCACAACCACCACCCAAAACCGAAUCACCACCAGUUCCCGUUAACCCGUGUGUUCCUUCACCUUGCGGACCGCAUUCCAUCUGCCAAGAUAUUAACGGUUCACCAUCUUGCUCGUGUGUGGCAAGCUACAUCGGCACACCCCCCAACUGUAGACCAGAAUGUAGCAUCAACUCCGAAUGUCCGAGUAACUUGGCUUGCAUCCGCGAAAAGUGUAGAGAUCCCUGCCCGGGAUCUUGCGGUAGCAACGCUCACUGUAGCGUUAUCAACCACACCCCUAUUUGCACAUGUCCAGAGUCUUACACAGGCAACCCGUUCGAAUAUUGUGUGUUCAAAGUUCAAAAGACGCCGCCCCCUCCUGCGGACCCAUGUAAUCCAUCACCGUGCGGCGCAAACGCUCAAUGCAACAACGGCAUCUGCACCUGUUUGCCUGAGUAUCAAGGCGAUCCUUACCGAGGAUGUAGACCCGAAUGUGUUCUCAACACCGACUGUUCUAGAGAUAAGGCGUGCGUUCGAAACAAGUGUAUAGACCCUUGCCCAGGCACCUGCGGUCAAAACGCUGAAUGCGCGGUCAUUAACCACAUAGCCACUUGUUCGUGCAUUCAAGGCUACACCGGCAAUGCGUUCGUACUUUGCUCCCAAAUACCAGCUCGAAUUCCACAAAAUCCAUGCAACCCGUCACCUUGCGGACCCAACAGUCAAUGCAGAGAGAUUAACGGACAAGCUGUAUGUUCGUGUGUGCUCGGUUUUAGCGGAAGCCCACCGACUUGUAGACCCGAGUGUGUGCAAAACUCGGAGUGUUCCCUAACACAAGCCUGUGUCAAUCAAAAAUGUAUCGACCCUUGCCCUGGAACGUGCGGAUUGAACGGUAGAUGCGAAGUUAGAAACCAUAAUCCGAUUUGUAGUUGUCCGGUUAGAUACACAGGCGAUCCGUUUGUCAGAUGUCUACCCAUUAUCGAACCACCUGCUCCACCAGUCAAUCCUUGCCAACCUUCACCUUGCGGACCGAACGCACAAUGCAAAGAAAUAAACGGUUCGCCCUCUUGCUCUUGCUUGCCAGAAUUUAUAGGUUCCGCGCCCAAUUGUCGACCUGAGUGUGUCAGUAACAGCGAAUGUUCGAAUCAUCUUGCUUGCAUUAACCAAAAAUGUAGAGAUCCGUGCCCUGGCACUUGCGGACAGAACGCCGAAUGUCGAGUCAUCAGUCAUACACCCAAUUGCGUUUGCAUCGUUGGCUUUUCGGGUAAUCCGUUCCAAAGGUGUAUUAAAGCAGAAGAACCGAGACCCCCAGCAGCAAAUCAAAUAAAUCCAUGCGUGCCUUCUCCUUGCGGAGCAAACGCGCUCUGCAAAGAACGCAACAAUGCUGGCUCGUGCGUUUGUUUGCCCGAAUACAUUGGCAAUCCUUACGAAGGAUGCCGACCCGAAUGUGUCCUCAACAGUGACUGUCCUUCGAACAAAGCUUGUAUUAACCAGAAAUGUAGAGACCCUUGUCCUGGCACGUGCGGGCAAAACGCUGAUUGCCAGGUUAUCAACCAUUUACCGUCGUGUACCUGCAUCCCUGGUUUUACGGGCGAUCCUUUCAGAUAUUGUAAUAGAAUUCCUCCUGAAGAAGAGCCUAAAACUCCUGCACACCCUUGCCAACCCAGCCCUUGCGGGCCCAACAGUCAAUGUCGCGAAGUUAACGAACAAGCCGUUUGUUCUUGCCUCCCUAAUUACGUAGGAAGUCCACCGGGAUGUAGACCGGAAUGUGUGGUCAGCUCCGAGUGUCCUCUCACGCAAGCGUGCCUUAAUCAAAAGUGUGUCGACCCUUGCCCUGGAACUUGCGGUGUUAGCGCUAGGUGUGAAGUUAUCAAUCACAGUCCUAUUUGUAGCUGCGAACAAGGUUACACCGGCGAUCCGUUCACAAGAUGCUACCCAAUUCCACCUCCACCGCCGACACCAACGACGCCACCUGUAAUAAAUCCUUGCGUUCCAUCACCUUGUGGACCGAACUCACAGUGUCGAAACGUCGGAGACUCUCCUUCGUGCUCAUGCUUGCCUAACUUCUUAGGAAGUCCCCCCAACUGUAGACCGGAAUGUACGAUUAACUCUGAGUGUCCAAGCAAUCUGGCUUGCAUUAAUAGUAAAUGUAGAGACCCUUGUCCCGGAUCUUGUGGCAUCAAUGCCCUUUGCGAAGUGAGAAACCACAAUCCCAAUUGUAGGUGUCCGUCGGGUUACGAAGGCGAUUCAUUCAUUUCGUGUUAUCCGAGACCAGCUCCACCGCAACCGCCACCAAAAACUGACCCUUGUUAUCCAAACCCUUGUGGACCAAACGCCCAAUGUAACGGAGGUGUCUGCACUUGCAUACCCGAGUAUCAAGGUGACCCCUAUAGAGAAUGUCGACCCGAAUGUCUUCGAAACACGGACUGCCCUCGUGAUAAGGCCUGCGUUAGAAAUAAAUGUAUAGACCCUUGCCCAGGAACGUGCGGAGUUAACGCUGAAUGCAACGUUUUCAAUCACUUCCCAUCUUGUAAUUGCUUGGAAGGAUACAAGGGAGAUCCUUUCGUUAACUGUCGUAAAGUCGAACAUCUGCCUCCGCAAGACCCAUGCAACCCGUCUCCUUGCGGCCCCAACAGUCAAUGUCGCGAAAUAAACGGCCAAGCCAUUUGUUCUUGCCUUAUUGGCUACAUCGGUAGCCCUCCGUCUUGCAGACCAGAGUGCGUAAGUAGCUCCGAUUGCGAGCUCAACAAAGCUUGCAUCAAUCAAAAAUGCGUCGACCCUUGCCCCGGAACUUGCGGUAUCCGCGCUCUAUGCCAAGUCAUCAACCACAACCCCAUCUGUACGUGCCCACCACAGUACACCGGCGAUCCCUUCAUACAGUGUAAAGUCAUAAUCGUGAAAGUGGAACCAGUCGAAAAACCAAGAGAUCCCUGCGUUCCUUCACCGUGCGGCCCCAAUGCUCAAUGCGAACCCACCCCCGCCGGAACUGCCAAAUGUACUUGCAUUCCGAAAUAUAUCGGAGCCCCACCAAAUUGCAGACCCGAGUGUCUGACCAAUAACGACUGCUCGAAAGACUUAGCUUGUAUCAACUUAAAAUGUCAAGACCCCUGCCCUGGUUCGUGUGGAAUUAACGCUCGUUGUAUCGUUGUCAACCAUGUACCUAACUGUUUGUGUUUGGAUAACUAUGUAGGAGAUCCUUUCACUAUAUGCACAGUAAAACCAACACCGACACCACCACCACGAGCUAAGGAAGACCCGUGCUAUCCAUCGCCGUGUGGACCCAACGCGAGAUGCCGCGCAGAAAACGGUUACGCAAUUUGCGAAUGCCUGCCAGAAUACCACGGAAAUCCGUACGAAAACUGCAGACCAGAGUGCUUAAGUAACUCCGACUGUCCAAUGAACAGAGCGUGCAUCAGAAACAAAUGUGAAGACCCGUGUCCCGGCACGUGUGGAAUUAACGCCAUCUGUACCGUCACAAAUCACGUACCCGUCUGUUCUUGCCCCGACAGGUACAACGGAGACGCCUUUAGACUCUGUACCCCGAUAAUCGAACCGCCAGUUGCCGACCCGUGCAACCCGUCCCCUUGCGGUAUUAACACCGUGUGCCGUGUAUCCGGCCAAAACGCCAUCUGCGAAUGUUUGCCAGGCUUCUUCGGAACGGCUUCCGCCGGCGGCUGUCGCCCAGAAUGUACCAUCAGCGCCGACUGUCCAAGAGACAAAGCUUGCGUCAACACCAAGUGUGUCGACCCAUGCCCCGGCGUCUGUGGCUUCAAUGCAAUUUGCCAAGUCAUCAACCACAGCCCGGUCUGUAGCUGUCCGCCGCCGCUCUUAGGAGAUCCGUUCACGCUAUGCAGAGAACAAGCCCCAGAACCGCCAUCCGACCCUUGCAACCCUUCGCCUUGUCGCCUCAAUGGCCAAUGCCGCGUCAUCAACGGCGUCGCCAGCUGCAUUUACCCCGAAUGUAUCAUCAACCAAGAUUGUCCACGAGACAAAGCGUGCUACAACCAGAAGUGCAAAGAUCCCUGUCGCGACUCAUGCGGCAUUAACGCUCUCUGUCAAGCUAUCAACCACAAGGCCGUCUGCACCUGUCCCCCUAACUACGUGGGUUCGCCGGAAGUCCAAUGUCGCUUACGCGACGUAGUAGUCCCCAGACCCAAACCCGAGUGCGUCCAGGACUCCCACUGUACCAACGAUAAAGCGUGCAUUAACGAACACUGCCUGAACCCUUGUCUCGUCUCGCCUGGUAUAUGCGGCGAAAACGCCGAGUGUCGUCCACAGGCCCAUCGCGCGGUGUGCAUCUGCAGGGACGGCUACACCGGUAACGCGCAAAGAGCGUGCUUCGAAAUCGGAUGCCGAUCUGACAGCGACUGUCCGCCUAUCCAGGCGUGUAUCAACCGGGAAUGCGUCGACCCUUGCACGUUCACCUCGUGCGGACUCAACGCACUCUGCAAAGCCGACUCAAAUCAUAAAGCGCGCUGCUACUGCCCGGAUAACUUCAGAGGUAAUCCACUGAUCAGGUGCGAGAGACCGGAGUGUCUGCGCGACGACGACUGUCCCUAUAACCUGGCCUGCCGAAACGAAAGAUGCGAAGAUCCGUGCAACUGUGGAGCUGGAGCGGUUUGUCGGGUGGAUAACCACAGGGCUCAGUGCUCUUGUCCGCCGGGUUACACCGGAAACCCCAUCAGCGAAUGUCGCUUCGUGCCACCAGAAAAGCCACCCCAAUGUAAGAUGGACGCUGACUGUGCCAGCAAACUUGCUUGCUUCAGCGGAGUUUGUAAGAAUCCUUGUGUGGAGACCAAGCCUUGCGGAGCUAAUGCGGAGUGUUCUGUGGUGGAUACGCUACCGCUGAGGACCAUGUCGUGUCUGUGCUUGCCGGGCUACGUAGGUGAUGCAGAUGUAGAAUGUAGACCAGGUACUAAAGAAGAACCGGGUUGUAAGACCCACGACGAAUGCUCUCUCAGCGAAGUUUGCAUCAACAGAAACUGCGUGAAUCCGUGCGCGGUAGGAAACCCGUGUGCGUUAACGGCAGAAUGUAAACCCACCAAUCACAAAGCCGUGUGUAGAUGUCCAUCAGGCCUCGCCGGAAAUCCAUUCAUUAGAUGUUACGAAGAACCCAAGAUCAAACCCGAAUGUACUUCGGAUGGCGAAUGUUCCAACGACAAAUCCUGUAUCAACCAACGCUGCCAAGACCCGUGCGUUGUGUCCAACCCAUGCGGAACCAACGCCCAGUGCCGAACCAGCGUACACCGACCCACAUGUCUUUGUCCAGACGGUUGGGGCGGAAAUCCACAAAUCGUCUGCUACAAAGCCGAAUGUACCACCAACAACGACUGUCCCUACAACAAAGCCUGCAUCAACGAAAACUGCGCUGACCCGUGCAUAUCCCAGAGCUGCGGCCGCGGUGCUGAGUGUCUCGUCCAGAACCACAGAGCGUCGUGUCAGUGUCCAGCCGGUAUGCAAGGAAACCCCUUGGUGGCUUGCAUCGCUGGUAUUUGCCAAUACAACGAAGACUGCGCUGAUCACGAAGCCUGUGACCGUCUCAACAGAGUGUGUAGACCGGUUUGCGACGAAGACAGUUGCGCGGACACGGCCACCUGCGUGGGCCAGCAACAUCAGCCCAAGUGUACUUGUCCGCCUGGAACAACUGGAAGUCCGUUCGUGGAGUGCAGAGGUGCUGUAAUUCCAGAACCGGAAUGUCGUGCAGACUCAGACUGUCCCUCGCAACUGGCAUGCAUCAACCAGCUAUGUAAAAAUCCAUGCGCUAAUGCGGACAUUUGCUCCCGAGACCAGGAAUGUAGGGUAUUGGACACGCUGCCGCUGCGAACGGUACUGUGUCAAUGUCCGGCGGACACCAUCGCCGACCAUGUGGGCAACUGUAAACCUAUACGAGCUGAACCGGAGUGCCGAGUCGACUCGGACUGCAGCGACAGCGAGAAAUGUCUCAGGAGUAGUUGCGUUGAAGCUUGCAGGGUGGAUACUUGCGGAGUUAACGCUUUAUGUAACUCGCUUCAUCAUCAAGCGGUGUGCACGUGUGCUCCUGGAUACACCGGAAACCCUCACUACGAGUGCACUAACGUUCCAAGACAACCACCGAGGCCCAUCGCUGAGUGCUACACCGACAGCGACUGUUCGUACGACAAGACAUGCAGAAACGACGUUUGUGUUAAUCCAUGUGUGAAUGACAAACCGUGUGCAGUAGGGGCUUUCUGCUCCGUCGACAACCACAAAGCUAAGUGUAACUGCCCAGCCGGAUAUAUAGGCAAUCCUGUGAUUGAAUGCAUACCGCCAACGGGUCCAACCGUCGGUUGUACUUCCAACUCUCAGUGCGCCCAGAGUGAAUCCUGCGUCAACUCCUUGUGCGUCAGUCCUUGCAAUUGCGGUUCCCACGCCGACUGCAGAGUCGUCAACCACUACCCGAUCUGCUAUUGUCUGCCUGGUUAUUCCGGAAACCCACAAACCGGUUGCGUUAAACUGGGUUGCCAAUCUGACAAUGAAUGCAGCAACGACAAACAGUGCUACAACGGCCAAUGUAUCAAUCCUUGUAUCUUGGGAGAUCCGUGUGCAAGAAACGCCGAAUGCUACGGCAGCAACCACAAAGCGGCUUGCAAGUGUCCACCGGGUUACUCCGGAAACCCAUUCGACCGUUGCCAACGCGUCGAAUGUCACACGGAUACCGACUGUCCCAAUAAUCGGGCUUGCAUUGAAGAACGCUGCGUCGAUCCUUGCUCGAACAUCGCAAACCCGCCGUGCGCCCAAAAUGCUAUCUGCUAUGCCCAAAAUCACGCAGCCGGUUGCUUGUGUCCCUCACACUUGCCCGAAGGCAACCCGUUAUCGUACUGUAUGGCUCCAGCUCUGGUUCCAGGGCGGCCCGAGUGCGAACUCGACGUGGACUGUCCCAGUAAGCUGGCGUGCAUCCAGAACAAAUGUGUCAACCCGUGUGAAACGCUGUCACCGUGCCACCGCACGGCUCACUGUAGCGUCCUGGAUACGAUACCAGUGCGUACCAUGAUUUGCACAUGUCCGGAAGGAUGGGUUCCUAACGAUAAUGGUGAAUGUCACGCCGUCGUGGUACCGAUUCCUCCGGGAUGCACCUCCGACAACGACUGCCCCAGCAAUGAAGCUUGUAUUAACCGAUUAUGUCGCAACCCUUGCGACUGUGGCACGCAUGCGGCUUGCUAUGUCCAGAACCACCGACCUAUUUGUUCCUGCGAAGAAGGUUACGAGGGUAAUCCUAACAUAGCAUGUCGUCAAGUGGGUUGCAGAAUCGACUCCGAAUGCGAAUCUGGAAAAUCGUGCAUCAAUGGCAACUGCAUCAACCCUUGUCUCGUUAAGGAUCCUUGUGGAAUCAACGCCGAAUGUUUUGUCUACCAGAACCGCGCCGAAUGUCGCUGUCGCAGCGGCUACCGCGGAAAUCCCUUGGAAAGAUGUCGUGUGGUCGGUUGCACCUCCAACAGCGACUGUCCUGGCGAUAGACAAUGCAUCAACGCCCAGUGUAUUAACCCUUGCGUCUAUGACAACCCGUGCUCACCUAGAGCGGAAUGCCGCGUCCAGAACCACAUGUCUCUAUGUAGGUGCCCUAGUGGAUACAUCGGCAACCCUUACGUCGACUGUAGAAGAGAACCCCAACCCGAGUGCCGAGAAGAUAGCGAAUGUCCAACAAAACUCGCUUGUAUUAAUAAGAAAUGCCAAGACCCUUGCGCCAUCCUCGAACCCUGUCAACGCCCGGCCGAGUGUCAAGUCGUGGGUUCGGUACCUGUGAGGACGAUGAUCUGCGUAUGCCCCCCUGGUUACAUCAGUAGUGGCAGCGGCACCUGCAACCCGGUCACCGCCAUCGUGACCGUAGGUGCCUGCGUCAGCGACAGCGAAUGUCCCGCUGACAAGGCCUGCUUCAACGGCAUCUGCAAGAACCCGUGCAACUGCGGUCCCUUCGCCGACUGCCGCGUCAAGAACCACAAGCCCGUGUGCACAUGCAAACAGGGCUACGACGGCAACCCCGAGAUCGAGUGCACGAGGGUCGGCUGCAGAAGCGACGACGACUGCUCGGGCCAGCACAGCUGUGUUAACCGGCAGUGCGUCCCGGUGUGCGCCGCCGAUCGCUCCUCCUGCGGAGAGAAGGCCACUUGCUACGGUUUGAACCACAGAGCGGUGUGCGAAUGUCCUCCUGGACUCGUCGGCAACGCCAAGAUCUCCUGCAUUUUGGUGGGCUGCCGCUCUGAUACCGAGUGUCCGGGUAACCGUGCCUGCGUCAACAACAAAUGCGAGGAUCCUUGUGUCGCCUCCAACCCUUGCGAAGCUCCAGGAGAAUGUAAAGUCUUCAACCACGCGGUGGAAUGCGCGUGUCCUCCGGGCACGGUCAGCGACGGCAACUUGGGUUGCAUGACGGUGGAAGAGAAGUGUCGCAAAGAUUCGGAAUGCCCGUCGCAAUUCGCCUGCAUCGGAGGAGAGUGUGUUAACCCGUGCACGUCCACGCAGCCUUGCGGAGUCAACGCCGAGUGCCGCGUGUUGGAAACGGAGCCCGUGAAAACGAUGAUCUGCGAGUGUUUGCCUGGCUUCCAAGGAAACGCAGCAGUUCAAUGCGACAAAAUGGCGUGUUGGACCAACAAAGGUUUCGUCACCACUCCCGACGGUAAAUGCGAAUGCCCGCCCAACUCUGCCCUCAACGACGACAACGAAUGUAUUCCUUGUCUCGAAGAGAAAGGUCUGAAAAUAGACGAGCGCGGCCACUGCGUCUGCGCCCUCGAGAAAGGUCUCAUCAUAGACGAACGCGGCAACUGCGUGUGUCCAAUAGAAUUCGGUUACCGACUCGACAGCCGCGGUAACUGCAUCUCUCCACCUGGAGCCGAAUGCGAAACGGACGACCAGUGUGCCGACGACAAAUUCUGCAACCCCGAAACUAAAACUUGUCAGAAUCCUUGCUUGCACAAGCAGUGCGGCGUCAACGCUUUCUGUAACGCCACCAACCACAUCGCCACUUGUCAAUGCAUCGCGGAGUACAGCGGAGAUCCUAAAGUCGCAUGCAUUUCAGGUCCUCCGUCCAGGUUCAAGACAGACUUCCCGCCACCGGUGCUGCGCGUCAGCUGCAUGUCCGACGGCGUCCACGUCGAAAUCAACAUCGAAGAACAAGGAUUUAACGGCGUUCUUUACGUGAAAGGCCACAGCAAGGACGAACAGUGCCGUAGGAUAAUCACGCUGCCGCAGGAAUCUGGACCGGUUACCGAAAUCUUCAAAGUUCACUUCGGAAACUGCGGUUUGAUACACGUCAAUGGCCAGGCGAGCUUCGUUCUAGUCAUCCAAAAACAUCCUAAGCUCGUGACGUACAAGGCCCAGGCUUACCACAUCAAAUGUGUCUAUCAAACCGGCGAGCAGAACGUGACUCUUGGUUUCAACGUGUCGAUGUUGACCACCGCCGGAACCAUCGCCAACACCGGACCUCCACCCACUUGUACGAUGAAGAUAGUCACGCCUACCGGCCAGGAGAUCAACUCGGCGGAGAUCGGCGACAACCUCAUGUUGCAGGUCGACGUGCAACCAGGCUCAAUAUACGGUGGCUUCGCCAGGAGUUGUGUGGCCAAAACGAUGGAAGACAACGUGGAGAACGAGUACCUCGUGACUGAUGAGAACGGCUGCGCCACCGACCCCACGAUCUUCGGAGAGUGGGAACACAACUCCGACACCCAGAGCCUCUUGGCUAGCUUCAACGCGUUCAAGUUCCCCAGCAGCGACAACAUCAGGUUCCAGUGCAACAUUAGGGUGUGCUUCGGACGCUGCCAACCGGUGAACUGUCGCGGUUACAACGCCUUCGGCCGCCGCAAGCGCGACGUCGAAGACUCCGAGAACAACACCGACGUAGCGCUGACCGGAGACUUGAUCACCGGCCAGCUCAGAGAAGAAAUAACAAUCCAGUCCAACGCGAUUUUGACGUUCGAGAGACGUGAGGAACGAUUCGUGGACCCGACGGAAGCUCCCAAGGCCCAGCGGGUGGAGGACAUCUGCGUGUCCAUGAUCGGCUUUAUCAUCGCCUUGAUCAUAACGGCUCUCUUGGCGCUCGUCGCCGUGGCGGUCGCCGUGUCCUGCUGGCUGAUGGCAUACCGCCGCCGGCCCAAGGAGACGGGACCUCUGCCGCAUCCGCCCGAGUUCCCCAACCCGCUGUUCACGACGCCGGAACCCAUGGCCGAACCGAGCCCCGACUACCUCACGUAAUUAAGACAGAUUUAGAUAAGUUCCAAUGCUCCUAAAACGACUCUAUUUAUGUGAAACAACGACUUGCGAAAGCAAACGAAAUACUCGACUAUUUUUAUUUAAACGAUUUUAUUGUACAUUUAAUUCGCGUUUGUGGCGAUUCCUGGCUUCUUUUGUAUCCGUCCGUUGCUACUCACUCAGAAAACUGCCAGAAAGGAGCAGGAAUCGGCACAAAAUCGCAUAGUGAAAAUGAGAAAAAUCGGAAAUGUGUAUGGACAUCGAGUGAAGCGAAAGUAUGGAUCAUACACAUUUUGACUAUCUUUUCCAGUGGCUUAAUUUCGUUCGAGCUACUGUUGCAGACAAGGGGAAAUUUUAAUGAGGUGGUGGUUCUUUCUUUAACUCGCUUUAACCGAAUGUUGUUAAUUUUGACAUUGACCCUUGAGUCUGUUUUUUUUCCUAUUGUAAAUACAUUCGAAAUAGUUUUUUCUUCACCUUUGAGCCACUGGAAGAUGUAGCAUUUAUUUUUUAGAUAAGACUAUACAUAUUUUAUUAAAUAACUUGUAUAAAGUGUAUGAAUGCGAAUGAAUGAGGAGCCUGGCUCAAGUUAUUUUGGUGCUGACUGAUAUUUUUACUCAAAACAGUCAAACAUUUAGUCAAUCACGUCUUAUUCAUAGUACCUAUUUAUACGUUUGUAAGUCUCAAGGAGACAAAACUAUCAUUUUAACCAAAAAGUAUUAAAAUUUAUGUACUAAA